GACUGGUGGAGUGGUAGACCGAAGUGUAAAAAUGUAAAAUAUUGUAAAAUCACAAAUCAGUUGGUCUUGAUAGUUGAUUUUGCGAAAUUUACUCCUAUUUUUGCUGUCAUUACGGAUAUUUAUUAUACAUUUUAAACAUAGUAUUUUGAUUUAUGCGAUUUAUCAUGUGAACCUCGUUGUGUCAAUCAGUUGAAAACACAAUAAUCGUCUGUGAGUAUUUAUUAAUCUGAAGUAAAUGCGUAAUUGUAUUAUUAUUUUUUUUUUUUCAUUUUAAACAAUGUUGUUAUAUUGUUGGUAGAUAUUAUUAACUUGCCGAGUCAUUUUAAUAGCUGUUUACUAGUUUGAUAUUAUUACAUACAUAUUUAAUAUAGGUACAUAUAUAUGUAUAUAUAUAUUAUUAAUUGGUAAAAUUUAUCAUUAUUGUUUUAAAAUAGCUUGUACUUGCCCAUUUACAUUUUAUACUGAUUAAUUCUGUUCAUUUUAAUUUUUAAAUUAUUGAAUUUUUUUGUAUAUCAAUGCCAUUAUUUUAUAUAUAUAUAUAUAAAUAUUACCUUUUGUAAUUGUGAGCAAUCAUUUUGUUUUAUUAUACUAAUAUUGAAGUAGGUAACUUAUAUUAAUAGUAUAAUGAGUUUGUUUAUUAACUUUCAUUGUAUUUCUUAUAUUUGAAUACUGUUUCACAGAUCAUCUAUAGCUCUUGGAUUGAUAUGACAACUUGUAUAUAAUUUCGGAUACAAUAACAUACCGAAAAUGGCUUUAGAGAGCGAUUUGGAUUGGACAUCUGUAAAAUUUGUGUUUUACGAUACAGGUUGCAAUGUAAAAGCCAAUUUGUGUACAUUGCUUAAAUUUAUUGAUCAAAGGUUUGUAUACCUUAUGUUAGCAACACAUUUAAUUUAUUAUAAUAUAUAGUGAAACCUUCCUUAACAGACACCUCCAAAUAGCAGACGUUUAUUUUUGGGAACUGGGGCAUUUUCACUAUGUACACGGAAAACCUCUACAUAACAAACACUUUUUAACAUUGAUAUAUAUCAUUUUUAUCGUAAAUUAAGAAUAAUUUUGGAGUACCUAAAUAAAAGUCGACACUAUUAGGUUAUCUUUUAUGACUAUGAAUGUACAUUAUUAUACUGUACAUGACGUAUAUCUUAUUGUUAACUGUCCAGUUGUUGAUAUAUUACUGUGCCUAUGAAAUGUUUGAACAUUGAGAUGUAUUUAAUUAAUGUAAAUAUAAAAUUUAAUUAAUUGAUUAAAUAAAAAUGCAAUUUAUCCCUCUGAAUUGUGAACAUUUCAGUGAUCAAGUGUCUGAUAUUUAGAGGUUUUGCUGAAUUAGAAUAUUAAACAAGUAUUAAAUUAUUAUUUUUUGCUAUAGUGAAAAAUAUUUGUAUGAAGAGGACAUCAAUGAGAACAAAUUUUGUUUCUAUUUUGUCACAUUAUCUGCUAAUUAUAUUGGUCAUCAUUGCAAUUCAUGUAAUAUAAACAUUAAUAUUUAAAAUAUCUAUACAUUUAAACUAACUGAUAUUCAUUAUUUAUUUUGAAUAGUUAAGAAAGAUGAAUUAUCUGCUGUUAGUAAUGGCUGUAAAGUUCUCUUGAAAUGUUUACUGAAAUAUAUGGGAGAAGUUAAAACUAGUGAUAAUUGGGAUAGUUAUUCUUCUUAUCUAAAUUUAGCAUUGGCGGCUAUAUCAGCAUUAUGUUCUGCAAAACCAUUAAGUGUUUCAGAAUUUGUAUCUGCUACAUUAUUUAUAAAAGAAUGGCCAUUUAACGCACCGAUUUUUGGUAUGUUAGAAUUUUAAAUUUUAAAUUAUAAAUAUAAAUACUCAAUGAUAAUUAUGUUUAGAAGAUAAAGUUAAAGAAAAAGAAAGUAAAAAAUCACUAGUUUACUCAUCAAUUGUUGAACAAAUGAUUAAACCAUUAGAUAGAAGUAAAAUCAAUCUAACUGACUUAUCUAAAAAAGAUGAUAAAGAUAUCAAGGUAUUUUACUUCAUUUAUCAAAUAUGUUUGCAUUUUAUUAUUUUAUAUUUUAAUAAAAUAUUACAACCAUUAUUUAUUGUAUUUUAUUUUUUAAUUUUUAGAAAUUGUUAAUUGAGAAAAAUGUAUCUAGCUUACAAAAGAUGGGAGCAAAUGAUGUAAUUUUAAAAACUUGCACCAAACUUCCAAUCCUUAAAAGAUAUAUUACGGAUAUUCAACUUAAUACCAUUGAAGAAAAGAAAAUUCAACAUUCUUUUGAACCAAUUGGUGCUAAAUUUUCGUAAGUAAAUUAUAAAAUUUUUUUUUUUACAUUUUGGUAAAAUUUUAAAUUUCUAUAUUAAUGAUCAUAAUAUGUCACAUUCAUUCAUAUUAAAUAACUAGGAAUUACAAUAUCAACAUCAGGAUAUUAUUUAAUCCUGUUGAAGAUUAAGUUAAUUGUUUAUUAUUAAAUAUUUAUGUUAUUUUUUAUUUAUUUAUGUCUAAAUAAAUUGUACUAUAAGGGUUUUCAUUAAUUUAUUAUUACAGUUCCUCUGAAACUACUUAUCCAAAUGUGAUUUUGUUUUUUAAAUGAGUAUGUCAGGGAGCAAAUUUUAAGCUUAAUUUUGAUUUUGAUUACUAUACAAAUUAGUAUGUGACUAUCAGCAUUUUAUUGUUUAUAUUUUUUACAUAUUCAGAUGUGUGUGUGUGUGUGUGUGUGGAGGGGUUAUUUUUGUUAACUAGAUAGUUGAAUGUAAUUUUUCCCAAAUAUAUUAAUUGAAAUGUUUAGUUCAUUAAAUGAAUUGUUUCAUAAUAUAAUACUAACUGUAACAUAAUACAAUUGACUAUAGAUACAUUAAAUAGUCCAUUGAAAUAUGAAAUAUAUGACACUAUAAUAAUAGUAUAAUAAUGGAUGUAUUUCUUGAUUCUGGCCACUUAUUUUGUCCACUGUAUACUAUGGUAGAGGUACUGUGUGAAGAAAUGUAAUAUUCACUUUAAAUUAAAAGGUUUCAUAAAAAAGGUAUUAUUCUUGUAUGGUUGUUUGGCAAUGCCAUAGUUGCAUAGCAGUAUCUCCAGUAAAUAGCACACAAUAUAUUCCAUGGCUAUGGUUUAAUCUAUGUCAUAGACUAGAGUAUAGAAGAUCGAGAUAAGAAUACACGGGAAUUUUACCCAAUUUAGCAGUUAUUAUAAAUUUCCAGAAACGAGUUUACUUUAUCAGACACCUUUUAUUUUUCAAUUUUUUUGUUCUGAAAAAUUGUGUUUUUUGAUUCUGAUUUCGGAACUGUUUCAAUUUUUGCAGAAAUAAUUAAAGAAGUUAUAGAAGUUUGAAGUUUUGUCGUUAGUACAGUUUUAGCUUAAAUAGCUAUUUAUUUUAUCUUCUUAUAGUAUUGACUGUGGCGUAUUGAGUAACGCGUUAGCCAUAGAAACUGGUAUCGGGUUUGGUACCACCCAAUGCGCAGUUAAAUUUUUGCACUUUUUUGAGUGAAAAGCAUUUUGGAUGCCCCUAGAAACUUGGUGGGGUCACUUUGCUCAGGUAGGUAACGUUUAAAUUGCAUAUGAAAAUUAGACUUGUUUUUUUACAAAAAUAAGUUAAACAUUUACUGAGUAUUGAACGUUAUAGAACUCGAUACCGCAGUUCCUACAGUUAACGUGUUACCCAAUGCGCCACGGUCAAUUCUAAAUAAAUGACAGUGAAAUAAAUAAAUAUUUAAACUAAAACUGUAUUAACGACGAACUUCAAAUUUCCAUAACUUCUUUAAUAAUGACGUCCACAAAAAAUUCAAACAGUUUAGAAAUUAACGUCAAAGAACACCUGUUUUUAAAAAUUAAAAAACAAAAGGUGUAAAGUAGACUUGUAUCAAUUUCCAAAAAAAUAAAAUAUGUAAAGGCCUAUAAUUUUAUAAUCAAUAUUUUUUUUUUUAAUAAGUUUUGAUUUCAAAAUAUGCUUACAAACAAACAAAUUAUUAACAUAAAACAAGAAUUUUUAAAUAUUAUGAUUUAAGAUGCAGAUAUUUUUUAACACAUUUGUAUAAAAUCAGAUGGUAAUGUGGAAAUUUUUUGAGUUUUUAGCCCUAUGAUCAUUACUCUUCUAAUAACUUACAUUUAGUUUUCCUUUCUAAUGAAAUGUUAGGCUUAAUUGUGCCACAAUUAACACAAGCUUUAAUUAGUUAAAAUGUUAAAAUUAUGUUAAAUAUGUAACAAUUCAUUAUUUUACAAAAUAUAUUUUAUGUAAAAAUGUAUUAAUAAAAUUAUUUUAAAUUUAUUUUUAAGGUAUAGAUAUGUGCUUUUGGAUAUUACUUUUGUUGAAAAUGCACUGGCAUUACCCAUAUUUGAACCAUUAACUAUUAUCAGUCUAAAACAACUGACAAGUGUUAUGAUUGCAUGUCUAAGACUUUCUUUAUUCGUACAAGGCUUUCAUUAUAAUACUUCAGCAAGUACAGGUAUGUUUGAUUUAAAAUUAAUAAUAAUAGUUGUGUUUCAUAAUUUCUUUUUGUAAAUAUACCUUGUUUUAUAAAUAGAUGGUAUAAAUACUGAAGAUGAUGUUAUGUGGAAUCAAGCAGUACAAAUAAUUGAAAAAACUGUUAAUAUUAUGCAAAUAGUCUCUGAUACAUUAAAAAAAUUUUCAUACUCUGUAAGUUGCAUAUUCCUUUUUUAUCUAUACCAUAGUUUUUGAAAUAUUCAUAAAUUAUUAAAACUAUUAAGUUUAUGAUACUAGUUUUAUGUAUAUAAUAUUAUAGGCUCAUCAAAAUUAUUACAUGAUUGUUAUUUGGGUUCUGAUUAAUGGUCUUCAAGAUAUUACAUUAAAAAAUUAUGAACAUAACUCUAUUAGAGAUGAUAAGAUUAUUAAAACUAAAGGAAAAGAAAUAUUAAAAUCAUCUACCAAAAAGUAAGGGUUAAAUUUGAAAUUAAAUGUAUUGAGAACAAUUUUAAUUUUAAAAUCAUUAUUAAUGAAGUAACUAAUUAUCAUUAUUUUUUUUUAAUGAUACCUAAAAUAUUAAUGUACAUUUUUGUUUAUAGUUCAUUUAAUGUUUUAUCAGUGGCAUUAGCAAAUGAAAUGCUUAAUAUGUUAGUUGAUAUUUUGGAAAAUGCUAAAAAAGAAUUUGCUUCAGAUCAACUUAUGAAACUUAUUGAUUUUGAAUCGGAAAUAAUGCCAGCACCUUUAGAUAUUUGUGCUAAAUCAAGAUCAUGUGAUAGACUAUUAAGAAUUUUCCAUACUGUACCUUUGAUCAAAUUUUUUUAUCAAUUAGCUGCAAUUAGUCACAGAAAAGUAAUUAUUUCAGUUUUAUUUGUAAACAACAUUAUUAUAAUAUAAUUUAUGGAAAACAUUAUGAAUGUCCUCUUGUGAAUAUAUUAUAAUUAACAGAUUAGGUAUAAUUGAUUUGAUAACACCUAGUUUAUAUUACUAACUAUCUGUCCUGCCACUAACUUACCUGUGCUCAAUUUUUUAUUUUUUUUAUUACCUAUAUUUUUGGUUUUGAUUGUGUAAGUAUUGAAUGAAAACAAAUAGGAUAGAAAGUGGGGUAGUUCACCUUCAGCAGACUAAAAGUGUUCUGUUGUGAUUUUCAUACCAAAAAUAUCUAAAUACCAUAUUGUAUACCAAUUAAUUUUUUUUUUUUCUGGCGGGGUGGGUUAGUUUUUAAUGGAAGUGAAGCUUAACCUAUCAGGGAGUGGGGUUGUUCAACAGUGGGAGACUGUUAACUGUAUUUUAGUUGUCGCUCACAGACGGCACAGCAUUCCUUUUACAUCUUUAUGUGUGUAUUUGCCAACAAUUUUUACUAUACAGUUAUUCUUUUAUGUUUACUGUUCUACCUAUCUUGUUGUUUUUUAUUGUCAAACAUAUUUUUUUCAUUUUUUAUGUCAUUCCCAUUGUAAAAGCUGUUUGGUGUUAACUUUUAAAAAUAAAUUAAAUAAAAUAAUUAUUAAAUGGAUAAUUCUAUUAAUUUUUUUAUAUAUAUAUGUAUAAAAAAUAGUCUAUAUUUAUCUUAGUACCUACUAUAUAGCAUCUACAAGUAAAUAAUCAUUUUGUACCAUGGUUAAGCUGUUUUAAGUUAGGUAUGGAUAGUUUCGGCUGAAUCUUUAUUGAUUUUUUAAAUAUUCAAAAUAAAUCAAAAAGUCAUAACAAUUGCAUAAAAAUAACAGAUUGUUCACAUAAUUAUAGUACUUCAAAUUUAGGAUCUUAGAAUUUUGUUUGCAAGGAUUUUUCACAUUGUUUGGUUGCGUUUUAUUUGUAUGCUAAGAAAAAUUAAUAAUGACCUGUAAAAGUACUAAGUUAAGCAAGUUUUCUUUAAAAAACUGUCAAUCCAAUAUAUUUAAUUUAAUUUGAAUUAAAUUUAUUAUAAUGAUAUAAUAUAUACCUACUUCAUUUAAUAAAAUAUAUAAAUAUCCAAUUGUACAAUUUGUUAGGAAAAGUUUAGUAGUUUUUAGUAUAAAAUAGCAAACAAUUUUAUUCACAUUUUUAUAGAUGAGCAUAUUCCAAAUCUCAGUUAUUGCAGUUAAAUUUUGUGUUUAUUAAAUAGGUAAUGUGUCUGAUUUCUCAAACGAAGAAUAAAAUAAAUAGAACCAGCUUAGAAUCAAUAGGUAUUGUUUCUGAAUCACCUGAAAGUGGAGCUCCUGAAGAUGGAGGUAAUUUCAAAGAUAAAUAUUAUUAGAUAGUAGGGAUGGAUUUGUAUGUAAAUGCAUAUUUUAUAAUAUAAUAAGAUAUUUAAAAUUUGAUAUGAAAUGUUUAUGAUUUAAAUCAUUCUUAUUAAAAUGAUUUUAUUUAACAUAUUUUAUUGUUUCAUCGUUUAUAUAUUUAAGCUAUGUUACAAUGAACGAAAACAGCCAUUCAUCGGUAUAAAGUGCAUUUUUUCCGGUUCUUUUCUUUUCGGUUUUUCGUAUUUUCUGAGAAAACUCUUGAAAAAAUUAAAAAAUUAUCUCUUUAAGGUACCUCCCUACACCGAUUUCCUUUCAGAAAAAUUGCUACAUGUAAAAAUCAGAGCAAGUUUUCUGGUAGAAAAAUAUUCAAGCUUUAUUGAUUUUAAAAUAAUCAAUGACAUAAUGAUUGGCAGACACCCUUCUAAAACUUUGGAAUUAUCACCUUCAGAUUUUGUAUGUUUCAAAUAUGCUCCAAUUACAUCAGUUAAUGUGAAAUGGUCGUUUAGCUGUUUUAAAAAUAGUUUGAGACCUAUUGGGCUACAUUCAACUUUUAUCAUUAAAAAAAAAAAAUAUAAUUAUUCAAUGCAACACAUCAUUUGACUAGAAAACUACCCAAAAUUAAAGUUUUCCGGUCAUAUCAUUUUUUAUUUUUCAUUUAUAUUUGUUAUAAUUAUAUUUAAUGUAUUUUUUUCUAUUAAUUUAUUGUACUUAUACAGAAAGACAUUUUUUCCCACAUAUUUUUUAAAUUAUUAUACUUACAUAUUUUUGUAUUUUUAUUACAUAUAAAUCCGUAUCCUAAAAUCUAGUUAGUAGAUAUUAAAAUAUUUAACAGUUCAUGUUCUAUAUUUUUUAAUUUUGAUCAUUUUGGGAAUUAGAUGAAGAUAAUGAGUCUUUAUUUGGUGCCUGGUUUGAAGAAGUACUAACGCUUGGUGAUCAACAUACUGAAAAUGUAUCUUCUAAAACUCAAACAUCAGAUUAUGUUGAUUUAGAUAAGAGUUUAUUAGAUCCUUCAAACUGCAGUGUGGUUCCUGAAACUGAUGACCCAGAAGGAGUAAGGAUGAAACUUAAUUUUUAUCGGAAUUAAAUAAUUUAAAUAUUAACUGGUAUAAUUUGUUUAUAGUAUUUGGCACUGAUGAUAAGAAUAUUCAAUAUAUUGGAUAUGUAUUUUUUAAAUACUGAAUGUAGCUAUGUUUCCUUUUACAUGUCUAAAACCAUUCAAACUGAUCAUCUUAUUGUAUUAUCUAAAUUGAUUGUUGAAGUAGAUUGGGCACCUGUUAACAAUGAUUUAUGUAUAUUUUUUUUUUAUUAUUUUAAAAUAAUGAUUUAUUAUUUUAGUUUUAUUUUAAUGUCUAUGCUUGAUUUACUUUUUCUAGCUUGUAUUAUUAGCUCUCAUCAAAAUGUGUCUUCAUCUAUUGGAAUAUUUGUUCAUAAUUUGAUUGCACGCAAUUAUCUUUCGGGAAUCCAACAAGAUGCAUUUCUUGAGUUAAUGAAGAUAAAAAUUCCAUUAGAUGCUUCAGGCAGUAAAUGGUCAUUACAAAUCUAUCCUAGGACUUUGGCAAUACUAGCUCAAGUAUGUAAUAUAUUAUAUUAAUAUAUAGUUUAUACAUUAAUAUGUAAAACAAAUAUAGUAAUAUAAAUAUAUAUAUAUAUUAAAAAAAAUGUCUAUUUAGGGGUACUACAUGUUUACAUUUUAUUGUAGGUUUUAUUGAAAAAAACAAUGUCGGAAAGAGAUGAAUUAUCUAUGUAUAUAUGGCAAAAUAUGAUAAAUGCAUUGAACAAUAUUAUUGAAAAUCCAACAAGUAGUAAUGAACAUUUUGAAGGUAAUUUUAUAUUGUAUACUUGUUAGUAACAAAAUUAUAAAAUUAUAUGUAUGUUUUUAAAUUUCAGAUUUGAAUGUUGAGCAUGUACAGCUAUUAAUAUUUUUGUUUAACUUAAUGUCUUUAACUCACAAAAAGCUAAUUCUAGUAGCUAUUUGUAAUGCUUUAAUAGGAGCAAAAUUUCAUUUGGUAUUAAACCCUGUUUACAACAAUCAUAUUUUAGCUCUAAGUAGACUACUUCUUUUAUUUGAUUACUUGGUUCGAAGAUUGUAUGAUGUACCUGAAUAUUUACUAUUUCAGGUAAUUAUAUUUUAUUUAAGCUAAGACUGGAAAUGACAUUUUUGUAUAAUUUUAGGUUGAAUGGAACUUAAUGCGUAUUAAAAGUAACAUAAAGGUACCCAGUGAUGAAGAAUUACAAUUGAAUGAUGAAAAUACAUAUAUGAUAUAUAAUUCUAUAGAAGAAAAUUUCCAGAAAAGUUUAGAUAGUAAUGGAUAUUCAUUAGCUGUUGUACCUUGUUUUUAUAAAUUAUUAGAUGAUAAACAAGCAGUAAAUGAUGCCCCUAAAUUGGAUGGAUUGGUUAGUUUCAGUUAUUAUUUCCACAUUAUAAUAACAGAUAGGGGUGGAAAAUGUUAAAUUUUUUUUUCUUUUUUAGUAUAUUCAUACAUAAAAUAUUAUUGUUUAAACAAUAUGUCAAUAUUAAAAAUUUAAAAUAUUUUUCUUAAAAUGAAAAUUAAAAGUAUAAAAACUGUUUUUUCAUAUGAAACAAGUUCAUAUUAAUUAUUAUUAUAAUAUGGAGGUAUAACAUGUACAAGUAAUAUAAUAUACUACUUUUAUUUAUAUACUCAAAAUACCAUACUUAUGCCAAACAUAAAAACAUCAGCAAAAUUUACAUUUACCCUGUAAAUUUCUAGGUUACAUCUUUACAUAUAAAUCCAUAUUAUAUAAUUAAUUAUUUAAGUUUUAAAUUUUUAUUAUUUAUUUAAAAACAUAUCCAUUUCCGUAAUAAUUUUAAAAAAAUUAAUCAAAACUUAUAAUAUUAUUGUUCAUGUAAUUUAAUACCUUUUUUUUUAUAUUGUAUUAAAAUAUGAAUUUUUUUGUGUUAAUAGGCUCUUAAUUUUAUACUUAAUCAUCCCGAAAAGUUGAGAUAUCCUCAAUUAAUACAAUCGCUAUUGGAAAUAUCAAAAGUUCUAAAUAUGUGUGAAGGAAUAAAUGAAGACAAUAGUAAAACUGAGAACUAUUUAAAUCCAUUAACACUAUGUAGUAUUGAAUAUUGCUUUACACUUACAUGGAAGUAAUUAAUUAUUUACUUAUUUAAAUAAUAUUAUUUUGAAUUAGUAAACAUUUUUUAAAAUAUUUGUUUUUUUCGUUAGAUUAUUAUUAUCAUUACCUAUUCCUGUUCAAAAACUCCAAGACAUGAUGGAAGAUAAAUUUAAUGAUUUUGAUACAUCAAAUUUGUUGUAUUUCUUAGUGUGGGGUCUUAGAACAAAUUCUAAAAUUCAUUAUCACUUUUUAAAGGUAAUGUUUUAAAAUAAAAGUCAGGGUAGUUUAUUGUUAUUAAUUUAAUUAAUAAAUAUUUAAUAUAAAUUUGAUUUAAACGUUGUUUUCUUAUUUAUAUUUAUAAAAAAUUAAAUAAACAGGAAGGAAUUUACAAGCAGCUCUGUGUAUUGGAAACUUCUGACAAAGAUACAGAUCAUCAAAGUUCAAAAGAAUUGUUGUCAAAAGUAGCUACUUCAGCUUCUUCGAUAAAAUAUGACUAUGAAAUAGCAAAAUCACAUUUUAUUAAACACCUUCGUCAAACAGGUAUGCAAUACAUAUAUCUAAGUAACAACUUACUAAUCUUACUAUUUUUCCUAUUAAAUUUUGUUGUAUAACAAUUCUAUAAUUCAAAAAUAACAUUUACAGAAAAAAAAAGUUAUUUAGUUUAUACGCCAUAAUAAACCAAUAGUCCAAACAAUUUUGAGUGGUUAUAUAUGUUUUAAAAUGUUUUUAAUUUUUAAGAUUUCGUUAAAUUUUGAUAUUAAAAUGUUAAAAAAAAAAAUUAGUAUAUUAAAAUCUACUUUAUUUUGUUAAAUUUGUAAGAAACCCUUAGUUAAAUUUCAAGCAUUUCUGUUUGACUGAAUAAUUUUAACCACAUUUUAAAUCUAAUUAAAACUAAUAACUAAAAAUUCAUAAUUAUAGCUCAAAUAGUUUUAAUUGUUAAAAUUUUACCACUUCCAAAAAAACUAAUAUAAGUAUUCUAUGAAAAUAUCUGGUUUUUACAAUCACUUUCAAUGCAAUAAACUUACCCAGUUUUCCACAGUUAUAGAAAAAUACACAGUAAAUCAAAUAACAACUCUGUUAGAGUUACACACCAACUAGAUGAAAUUUCUUUUCAGAAAAGAUUUUUAUUUUAAAAUCUGAAAAGAAAAUUAUUAAGUAAAAAAAAUUUCAUGCUGCUAAUUAGUGAGUCACUAUUUUAGGUGGGAUGUUAAGAAGGUAAAAUAAAAUAAUUUAAUUGUACGUCUGUACAUACCAUUAAAAUCAUUGUUAACAAAAAAAACAUGUUUUGAAAUCCCAAGAUUUCCAUACAAAUUUAAACUUAAACAGUUUAAAAAAAGAACUUACUACAUUAUAAUUUUUUUAAACAUUUAUUUAAGAAUAUUUAAUCUGUAAGUGGUAUUUUAUAAUAAAUUUAUGUGAUUAGUUAAUAUAUUUUGAACAUUAAUGGCUUUAUUUAUGGAAAUACCCAAUAGUAGUACUUAUAAUGUGGAUUUUAUGUUAUAGAUAUUGUAGAUUUUCACAUUUUUUUUAAUCACCAAUUACAAUUUAUGGUUAAAUUUGUGUUUAAUAUUCAAACAUUUUUGAUGGGCUGACAAUAAUGUAUUUAUAUAAAUCAUAAAUUAUUAUAUGCAAUUUUGUGAUUAAAAUUUUAAUUUUAAUUGAUAAAAAUAAAAUCGGGUCUAUAGAUUAUUGAUAUUUUUAUAUUGCUAUAAAAAUAACUUUAAACUUAAAAUAAAUCCUGUAUCAUAUUUUCGAAUAGUUUUAAAGAGCCAAAAAAAAAAAAAUGUUUAAGGAUUAUUAGCAAAACUAAAAUUUUAAAAAUGACCAUAAUAUUUGAAAAUGUUACAGGAUUUAGAAAGGGCUGACAUAUAUGUAUCUAGUGAUAAUUACACACAAAUAGAAAAACAUUUGAAAGUACAGAAAUCUUUAUUGUAUACAUUUUCCCAUUUUCCCAAUUAUCAGGAAAAUAUAAAAAAAUUUAAUGUUCAAACCAAAUUAUUUUCUACAAAUAUAUGUUCUUUUAUUGUUUUUUGAUUGGAGUAAAACGUUUGGUAUGAAAUUUGUUCUUUAGACAGAAAAAAAAACCGUUGUUAAUCUAUUUCAUUGCUUAUGUUUGGGAUUUAAAAUUUUAGACACUUAAUGUAAAACCUAAUUUAACACACAACACUUUGAUUAUGUUAUUGAUCGUGUAAAAUUGUAUUAUUAAUCGAAAGUUAAUUACAAGUAGUUAAUCUUUCUAAGUUCAAUAUUUUUAAAUAAAUUAUUCAUGUUAUUCACGUUUUAUAUAUGGUUUAAGAUACAAAAAAUAAAAAUAAUAUAACAUUUAAUAUUUAAAUAUUGUUAACUUUAUAUUUCAUCAAUUUUUUUUUUACAUAGAUGCUACAAAAAAGAUUCGUUUUCCUAUGUUAUUGGAUAUGAUAUUGUUUGAUGGUGUUGUUUCAAAAAUAUUUAUUCAAAGUCGACCAGGAAAAGUAUCUGAAGAUAUUGCCAAGUAAUAUUAUUUAAUUGUUCAAUUGUAUUAUCUUAUUUAUUAUAUAUAUUUAUAUGUGAGUAUUUUUUUAGAUCUUCCUAUACUGAAGUUAUUCAAACACUUAUGCCAUACUGCAUUGAGUUGGCUAUGUUGACAUUUAACGACAUCAAGUAUGUAUUUAAUUUCUAUAUUUUUCUAUUCAAUUUUUAUUUGAAUACUUAUAUAAAAUGCAUCUUUUAAAUUAUAUUACAUAAUUGUAUAACACUUCACAGUAAACUGUGUUUAUAAUGGCCAUACUUGUUUUAUUUACCAGGUUUAACAUUCUUCAUCAAAUUUCUAAUUCAAACCAAUCUCAAAAAUAUUCGUUGGGAGAUGUAACAAAUUUGAAAAUAAUUUUGUCAAUGGCAAAUAAUUGUUCAAUAUUAGAAUUUUCUCCGGUCACUUAUAAUUUGCCAUAUUUAUUGUUUGAUAUAAUUCCAUCUUCAGUUAUAUCUAUUAUUACAAAAUGGAAUUCAGUUUCUAUUGGUCCUCAACUAAAGGUUGGUAUUAUGGAUUUGAAUAGUUAAAUAUACACAAAGUAGCUAAGUAUUAGGCAUUGGUCAUAAUUCAGUGUUAUAUCUUAGUCAUUUGCAUUGCUUUCUUUAGGCAGGUGAAGGACUGUUUGUCAAUGGUAUAAAGGUGUUAUUUAUCUCUAUCCUAUUAUUAGCAAUAGAUACUAAACUAAUUUGAAUAAGUGUUAGAUAAUCAUAUAAUUAUAAUUUCUGACUACAUAAAAUAAAACUUAUAUGGUCUGACUGAAUUAUUUGGACCAGAAAUAUGUAUGACUAUAAUUUUAAUGAUCAAACCAUUUUGAGACUUGUGUAAUUGAUAUUUAAACUUAAAUAUCCUUAUUUUGUUAUUGAAUUUAAAAAAAUAUAUAUAUAUAUCUCUUCAACACUCUUACUUAUCUUGUAUUCUUGUACGUAAUACUACCUAUUAAACAAUGAUUAAAUAAUAUUAAUAAUUUUUACUACAGACAUCUAGUUCGGAUAUUUUGCCUGAAAAUUUAAUGCAACAAAUUGUAAAACAUCAUUCAUCUUUUGUAUCCAGUCAGUUAGUAUAUUUUAAUACUCCAUCUUUAAAGCGACUACUUAAUACACUUGUUGUGUUUAUCACAGAAAAUAUACAGUAAGUUUAAUAUCUAUAAAAUAUACAUUGUAUAUAUAUAUAUUGUACAUAUAUUAUAUAAUAAUAGUAAAUUAAUAUUAUUUUAAUAUAAAUUAAUUUAGUGAGUUAGUUUUAAUAACUAAACAAUAUGAUAUACAGAAUAAUUUGAUAAAAAUCAAAAAAUAAUUGGCUUUUGAUUAGUUUUAUAUCAUUAUUUUUUUUUAAAUUUUUAUAAAUAUAGAUUGUGUUCGGACUUAACAUUAUGUUCAGAUUUUGCAAAUCUAUUGUGUUCUAUGACAGUUGAUUGUUCUUCAGAAUAUCUUUUGGAACAUAUUGUACCUACAUUAGAAAAAUUAAAAACUCCAGAGGAAGAACCUGAUUUUAUGAUCGCUUUACUUAUUACUAAAAAUAUAAGAAAAUUGGCAAUACAGUACAAACGUGAUGAUACAACCAAUACGUAAAUAUAUAUUUUUUUUUUCUUAAAUUUAACUAUUAACUAUAUUGAAUGUUUGUAAUUUUAUAGAGAUUAUUUAGUUGAAAAAGCUUUGAUACACAGUCUUUUUUGGAUUGAACAGUUAAUUUUUGAUUUUCCAAGUGCUCAGAAGGCUAUUUUACAAACUUUCUGUGUACGUUCACUUAAAGAAGAAAUUUCAUUGAGAAAAUUUAUUUCAUCGGGUGUUUUCGUUAAAACAUUGGUUAGAUUGAUCAACAGAUUAUUCUUAGAGCGUAAGUAAAAAAUAAAAUGUAUAUUUUUGAUAUAAUUUCAUAUAUUUAUUUUUAUCUCAUAGUUAAAACGAGUAAUAAUCAAGAACUAAAAUUAAUGUGUCGUCUUAUUAUUCAACUAUCAACUGUUCCAAAAAAUAGAUUGGAUCUAUGGUUGCAACGAAUUAUUGUCGGUUGGAACAAAGACAAAGAUUUAAUUGAUGCGACUAGUAUUUUAACCAAAGAAUUAAAUGUUUUUUUGAAUGAUAAACACUCUAAUACAAUUAAACAUUUUAAUAACAAUAUUUCAAGUGUAUUUAAUCCUGAAGACAAUUUCGAGUUGAUAAAAAAUAUGAUAGAUUAUGUCAUUACGUUAGAUGCGUAAGUAUAAUAUUGUUAAAUAUAUUUACUACUAUAAGUUACAUACCUAACAAUAUUUUCUAUUUCGUAUAAAUAACCGUUUUAAUAUAUAUAUAUAAGUUAGCAGUAAUGUAUGUAACACAUAAGUACACAUUUUAUAUUAAUGUAGUACUUAAUUUUACAAAUUUUUUUUUUUUUGUCUUAAUAUUUUAAUUAUUUAAUAAUUCUAAUAAGUUUAUGUAUAAAUCAGAAUAAACUUUUUCAAAGUGAAUAUUAAUAUUUUAUACGUGUAUGUAAAAAUAAUUUUACAUACAUCAACUAAAUUGUUAUUGUUAAUUUAUAAAAUAUCUACUUAGUACGUAGAAUAACUAGUUGAAGUAUAUAUUUUUUAUUCAUUCAACACAUUAACUGAAAGUGUCUGUAUAUCUAUAAAAUUAUUAGUUAUUUUAUAGAAUUAUGUAUUUCCAUACUUAUUGCUAACACACACACACACAUAUAUAUAUAUAUAUAUAUAUAUAUAUAUAUAAUUUAAGGUAAUUAUAAUUCAAAGAUAAUAAUCACAUACAUUUACAUGAAGUUUAAACUAAUACUUUUAGAUUCUGAGCAUAGUAAUGAAUUUAUUGGUUGUACAGUAAAAUCUUUAUAUAAAUUACAGUUAUGGUACAAUUUCAAGUGUGUUAUAGACAGGAUUUAAUAUUUCUUUGGUAAAAUUCACAUACGUAACUACAUAUGUAUUUAAUGAAAUUAUUUUAUAUAUUUUAAACUAUAUAAUUGAAUUAAAAAUUAAAAUGAAUACAACAAAAUGUAUAACACUAUGAAGCAAUAUUGAAUAAACACAGAAUAGUCACUGAAAUGUUUUAUGCGUAUUUCUGGUUAUUUCUGUUCUUGCAAUUAAUUUUAUCUUUAUUAUUGGUAUAUGAAAGUAACCUGUCAUAAAUUUGUAUACAAUUGGUGAUGUUGUGUGGUAUGUAUUUAUGUACGCAAUUGAGUUUAAACUAUGAUUGUUGUCUGUUAUCAAGGUAUUAGGGAACAAUAUUACUGUCUGCGUCAGGUAUAGUCAGGUUGAAAUACAUUGAAAUGUUUAUAUUUUUGACAGGACCUUAGUAUUUUGUCCUUUAAGAGAUGUGUCUGUUACAACUGGUUUCACUGUACUAUGAUAUUUCUUUUCUAUCAAUUGAAAAUUUUUCUACUAAAAAUCUACUUCAGUGAUUUUUUUAGUUCUAGUAGCAAAUUUUGUAUGAUUGUGCAUUGGGGUAUCAUUGUUUUAAAUUUUCCUUGCAGUUGUCUUAAUAAUUAGGAAAUGCCUUCUAUAAAAUAGGAAAAUGUAUGCAUUUUAGGUUUCUUUUUGUUAGGUUAUGUUGAAAAUUAAUAUAGUGACCUAAAAUUUUCACUGAAUACUUAUUUUAUUUUAAUUACAAGGUAAUGUAUUAAUUAAGUUAAUUAACUUUACCUUAACAAUUAACUUAACAAUACUAUACAUGAGACACAAAAUCUCCUUAAAUUGUUUAUAAUUUUAAAAGUAUUGAGUAUUUAUAAAUCUAAAAAGUUAAUAAAUAAAUUUGUUGAUUAAUAUGGACUUUCUCAUAAAGUGGAAGAAAACACCAUCUCUUUUGUAAUAUUUAUUGUACUGAAAAUAUAAAAUUAGAAACAAUUUUUAGUAAAAAUGUGUAAUUUUUUGUUACGUAUAUAUAUUUUUUUAGAAAUGAUAGAGAUGUGGAAUUAAAAACAAAGGCUUCAUUAUUUUAUUUGGAUAUGCUAAUACCCAUUGUGACUUAUUCAUUAGUUUUUGAAAAUGGAGAUGGAUUUUUAAAAAUUUUUGCCCAAAUGGUGCGUUUAGCUGAUCAUGGAGGUCCUACUGGUCAUGUGAAGUUGUUUAAAGCUAGUGUGAAGUUACUUGAUACUAUUAAAAAUUGGUUUAAAACUAAUUUAUUAUGCCUUCAAAAAAAUGAUCCAUAUCCACCAGUCGUGAUUGCUUCUAGUUGCUUGGUGAACUAUAUAACAGAUGUUAUAUCUGCUAUGAAGCCUAGAGAUUCAGAAAACUCAAUGUCAUUAGAUUCUAUAUCAUUACAUUAUUUUGAUGGUAUGCAAUUGGACGGAUAUUUACCAUGUAAUGAUAGAGAUAUUGAAGCUUUAAAUGAAGAUUCUGUAAGUAUUUAUAUUAUUAUAUAAAAUUAAAAUAUUAAAAAAAAAAAAAAAAAAUGAAUUUAUAUUAACUGUUUAGGACGAAGAUAGUCUUUAUUACAAGUUGUGCACAUUUACUGUUACUCAAAAAGAGUUUAUGAAUCAACAUUGGUAUCAUUGUCAUACAUGUAAAAUGAUUGAAGGAGUUGGAGUUUGUAGCAUAUGUGCUAAGGUGUGCCAUAAAGGUCAUGAUGUUACUUAUGCUAAAUUUGGAAACUUUUUCUGUGAUUGUGGUGCAAAAGAAAAUAAUUUUUGUCAGGUAAAAAAUAUAUAAAUGCUACUUAAAUGUUCAAGAAUUAAUCUCAAAAGUUUUAUAUACAUAUAUUAUUUUAUUUAAUAGGCAUUGGUCAAAAGAAAUCCUAAUUCAGUGCUUGAUGCAAAUAGUCGAGAUAAAACUGCUUCUACUGAGGGCGGAAAUUCAAAUCCUGAACAAGAAAAAUCAGAUAAUUACAAUUCAUCUUUGACUAAUGAUCAUAAUCAAGAUCCAAGAAAUAUGAACACAAGAAGUUUAGAUUUUGAAUCUGGUGUACUAAAUUCACUUCCUGGUAAUUUGUUUAUAAUAUUUUAUAUUGACAUAAUCAUUUUUUUUUUUUAAUUAUGCCAAUUAACAAACUUUUUAAAUUUUUAGUCACAUAUAAGGAGGUAUUAAUACCAAUAAUAAUGGAUCAAACUCAAAUCAUCGAGCCAACAUUAGAACUUUUUAAUCAUUUAAUGAAUCCAGUUAUUUUAUCGGGUGAAAAAAAUUCUGCAAUUGCUUGUAACACAAGAGCUAUACAUGCAUUAAAUGACUUACAAGAAUUCGAAAAAACUAUUGAAAUAUCAGAUAAUCUUAUGGUAAUUUAUAGGUUCACUUAAUAAAUUAUUGCUUAUUACGAUACUUAUAUAUGAUAUUUAUUUAUUUAGUUGCCAACAAUGGGAUCUCAAGAAGGUGCUUUUGAAAACGUUAAAAUGAAUUUUAGUGGAGAUCAGGGCCAAACUAUUAGACAACUUCUAUCUGCUCAUAUGAUACGUAGAGUUGCCAUGUGUUGUUUAUCAUCUCUGCAUGGUAAAAGACAACAUUUAGGUAGUUAAAAUAUCUUUUUAAUUUAUUUUAAAAUUAAUAAUUAACAACAUUUUAUCAACAAAUCAAUAUUUAGUCUGUAUGUAUUUCAAUAUUUUAUUAAUAAAUAAUUUAUAUUAUUUUUUUUUUAAUUAUAACUAAUACACUUAUACAGUAUACAUUAUUAUUUUUAGUUGCUGUAUCUCAUGAUAAAGGAAAAAUAACAGUCUUGCAAAUGAGCUCAUUAUUAAAACAAUCAGAUAUAUCUAAACGUAAAUUAACUUUAGCACGGUUAUCUUCUGUUUCCAUUCCAUUCACUGUAUUAUCAGUUACUGCAAAUUCUGUUAAUGAAGACUUCCUCUCUGUUUGUGGACUAAAGGUAUUGAAUAUUGUACAAUUUUAUAUUGUUUUUAAAAUAAUAUUAGAUAUAUAAUGACUGCUUUUUAUUUCUGUGAUUAAUUGCUUUACUUAUUUUUUCAGGAUUGUCAUAUUUUGACAUUUAAUACGAGUGGAACUGUUAAUGAGCAUAUUGUUCUUCAUCCAUCUUUAGAAGUAGGAAAUUUCAUAAUUCGGUCAAUUUGGCUUCCUGGUUCACAAACUAGUUUAGCACUAGUGUCUGCUGAGUUUGUUAAAAUUUAUGAUUUAUCUAAGGAUGUUUUAAGUCCUCAAUAUUAUUUUCUUGUACCUACCGGCAAAAUACGAGAUGUGACAUUUAUGUGUACUGAGGUAUAUUAUAAUGUAAAACUAUUUAAUGUGUAUCUAGUAAUAUGUUAAAAUGUCUAUUACCUAUAGGAACGGUCAACUAUGAUAUUAAUUUCUUCUGGAGGUUAUAUAUAUACACAAGAUAUGGAUACAAGUAGCUCUGCGGUACAUGGUCCAUUUUAUGUAACCAAUACUAUUGAUAUUGUUCAUCGAGAUAUCAGUGUUAGUUUAUGUCAGAAUAUUAUUCUUAAAUUAUUCUUACAGUGUCCCAUAAUUAUUUACCAUUUUAAAUUGUGAGACUUCAAAUAAACCUAUUUACAUGAUUUUUGGGAUACACUAUAUGAAUAGUAUUAUGUAGUAUGUAUUAUUUAUUUUCUGAUUAAUUUAAAAAUACUCUGCAUAUAUUUUAGGAUGUAAAUGGUCAAGUUUGUGGAGGUGGUGUGUCAGUUUAUUAUUCCCACACAUUAUCAUUAUUGAUGUUUAGUUAUGUAAUGCCUGGUCGAACAUUUAUUGCACCUUUGAAUGAAGAAAGAUAUCAAGGAGGUGUCAUUACAUUACAUCCAGUUUUUGCUAUCAAUUCACAAACUUCAAGCCCUAUUGCAAAAAAUAAAAGUAACAUUAACCAGACAAGUUCAUCUGCUCCUACCCAACCUAUGUGGCAGUGGUCUGAAGUUCCUGGACAUCCUGGUUUAGUAUGUGCAAUAUUGCAAUCGAGUAAGUUAAUACAAUUUUCAAAAAAUUUGCUGAGUGAACCAGUUUGUAAUACUGAUCAGUUAAUUUAGUUUUGAUUUAUCAUCAUUGUGCAAAAUAUUCCUAACCAAUUUAGUUAGAAAUUUGUGAAUACAUCAGUUCGUCCACACUCGCUACAUAAUUUCUUUAUUAACUAUUUCAUUAUUACCGUAAUAUUGUAUUGUUAUUAUAAAAUAUAAUAAAAACCAUAAUAUUUUGCUAGUAAAAUAUUUAACUUGGUCACUUGAAAAUGAUUGAUUCUGCAAUAAAAUGUGAAUUGAUGAUAACUUAAAAUGUUAUGAGAAAUUAACAAAUAUUGAAUUAGGUGAAAUUAAAAAGUUUGUGGUGGACAUAAUCCAGGAUAGAUAACUAUUCACUAAACCAGUUUGCCAUAUUUUUACAACAGUAUACCUAACAAAUUUUUUAAAACACUGAUGGACAUUACUGCUAUAACAGUAAUAUGUUAAAUGUUAUAUUACAACAGUCCACAUUGACAAUUUACAUAUAUUUUUCAUGUAGGUAUAACACUACUAAUAUAACAAUAAAAAUUAUAUUUAAAGUGUCUGUCAAUGUGUUAACACAUUGGUUUAGUUUUUAAGGAGGAAUCUAAACUUGUUUACUCUCACAAAAUUCUUAUUUAACUACUGAUGAAUGAUGGUAAACAUUCAAUUUCAUAUUCUAUAAUCAUAAAUAUGAAUACAUUUUGAAAUACUAUUAACAUCUGUACAAGAAUUAGAAAAAUAAAUGGAGAGGGACUAUGAAAUUUCAAAAAUGACUGACCUUAACAGUGAUUAACCUAGGCUUUUUUUUUAUUUUUAUUUGAAUUGAGAAACUAAACUAUGAUUAUUUCACCCCAUCAUUUAUUAUUAAAAAAAAAAAAACAAAAACAAAAAGUCCUCAACCUAACCUAACACACAUCUUAUAUCACUUUAAAUUUAAUUAAAGUAAAUAAAUAUAUAAAUAAAAAUUGUAUUUAUAAUAAAAAAAUUAAUUAAUUAAUUAAUGUAACUUGGAGUAUUAUGAGUAUUAACCAUUUUAAUAAUUUUGUUUUUACUAUAUUAUUUUAAAAUUAAUUUUAGUAAUACAUAUAAGUAAAACAACCAAUGAUACUCAUAGUUAGAUUUUUUAUAACAUUUAUUUUAUAUUAACUUAAAAAUAUAUAUUAUAUAUUUAUUUUAUUUUUUUUUAAAUUUGUUUCUUAUUUUCGUUACAUAAUCUAAACAUUAGUUUAGAUUUUAGUGAAAUUAUUAAUUAAAUUUUUAUCCCAAAGGAAUUUGCAAUUUGGAAAAAAUAAUUAUGAUAAUAAUUUAAUGCUAAACAAAAUUUUACAAUUUAUCUGAGUUGAUAAUGAAUCUCAGAAUAAAAUUCCUAGAAAAAUCAAACUAUUAAAAAUAUUAAUUCAAUUUAUAAAUUUAUUUAAAAAAUGAAAUUUGAUUUUAGGUAAUACUCCAGUAGUAUUUAUGAUAACACCAAAAGUUAUCAGUCUUCAAGAAAUUAAAUUGGCACAAACCAAAACAAAGAUAACAGAUAUGGUUGCUGUACGCCAUCCUUUAUCAAAUGGAGACUAUAGAACAACAUUAGUAAUUCUAUGUGAAGAUGGUAGUUUGCGUAUGUUUUUAGCUGCUAAAGAGCAAACAGGUCAUUAUUUUAAAUUAUUUUUUUAGAUUGAUGCACCCUGAAUAUGUUGAAUAAACUUUAUUAUAACUAAUCAUAUUUACGGUUUUUAAACUAAAAUAUUUUUUAAUAUUCUAUCAAUUUUGUGUAUUUUUUUUUUUAUAAUGUUGGGUAUAUUUAAUUAUUUUAAUUUUAUAAUUCAUACAUUUUGAUUCAAUUAAUAAGAGCACAUUACCAAUGGUUUUUGGCAUUUUGAUAUGUUUACACAAAACAGACAAAAGUACAUUUUUAAAUGAUUUUGAGAGUGAAAAUAUUAAUUUAAAUAAAAAUAUAGGAUAUUAAGGUGAUAUUACAUGCAUAUUAGAUUCUGUGUGGGGUGAAAAAGCCUAUGGUUUUACAAAGAUGUUUAUUUUAUUUGAUUUUUAAGUGUAGCGCCUUUUCUGAAAGCAAAUGGGUGUGGGGAGGUACUUUAGAGAUGUCAUAUUUCAAUUUUCUCUGGAGUUUUCUCAUGAAAUGUAAAAAAAAAAAACUGGAAAAUGUACAAAAUAUAUAAGUACAGUAAAACUUCUGUUAACGGUCACCUCUAAAAGACUGUUACCUCUGUGUAACGGUAAUUUUGUUUGGUCUUGUCAAGUGGUAUGCCUCUAUAGGAAACCUCUAAAGGAUGGUCACCACUAAAUAGAGGUCAUUAUUUCUGAUCUCUUCGGUGACUGUUAUAUGGAUGUUUUACUGUAAAAUAUAAUGCUCUUCUUUUUUCCUUUCUACUAGCAAUUUUGAUCCGAUUUACAAUUAUAGCACUUUUUCUGAAAGCAAAUUGAACUGGAAAGGUACUUAAUAUUUUGAUUUUCCCAAAAGUUUCCCAGUAAAUAUGAAAAACAUGGGAAAACCAGAAAAAACUUAGAAAACACAGGUAAAUCUGUACAGCAUUCAAUAAAUAUUAUAAAAGAAAAUAUUUAAUGUUUAUUUAAGUUUUUUAUCAUAAUAUGACAUAUAUUGUUGACAAAGCAUUACUAUCAACUGAACUCCACUCAGACUUGUUUUUUCGUUAGCAAUGGUUUAUUGUUGCUUACAGGUACACAUAAAAUUACCUAUAUAAAUGGCUGCACCUAUCUCCAUUAUCCUAGAACAGCCUUUUAAAAAUAUUAGUCAAAAAAUUAGGUACAGAUUUAAAAAAAAGGUUAAAAUAUGUCUGUUUACAUUCAUGAUAUAUGGAUAUAUGAUAUAUACAUACAUAACAUAUAAUGUAAAAUUCAUAUAAUUGUUCUCUCAGAAAUAUUGUCAGUUAUUUAUUUUAUUAUAGUUGUUUUAUCUCUGCAAAUUCUGUGAAAUGUACUUUUUUGUUUUAUGUUGACAUAGAUUCUAAUACAUUUUAUAAUUAUACUAUAACAUGAAUAUUUGUGAUUAUAACUAGAAGUUAAUUUAUUUAAAUAUUUUCGAUUUCUUAAAUUAACAUUUUUUUUUUUAAAUUUCAUUUAAGUUUUCUAAUACUGGAAGUGCAACAUCAUUCUUAAGAAUUUAUAAUUAAAUACUGCACUACUUAAAAUAAAUUUGUAACAUGGUUUGGAUUUAAUUGUUUUAGAUUUUUGGUUAUCACCAUCUUUUCAGCCUUCACGUCGUCCCACAUUUUGUAAAUCAAAAAAAAAGAAAAUUAAUAAAUGUGGAAGAUCAACAGGUAUUUAACACGUUUACUAAUUUGUAUUUUGUUAAUUUAGUAUGAUAUUUUAUAAUUUAAAUCAAAUUUAAUUUAUAGGAAAUAGUUCAUCGUUUCCUAUUGAUUUCUUUGAAUAUUGUGUAGCAAUGAAUGAUGUUGAAUUUGGCGGUAAUGAUCUAUUGCAAAUUUACAACUCUCAACAAAUAAAAAAUAGAUUAAAUAGUAAUGGUGAGUUUAAACAUAAAUAAAAUUAUGGUUUAUUACUUUUAUGGUUGUAUCCCUUUCAAUUUAAGAAGACAAAAUACUGCAUGUGUUGUCUCCAUUUUUUAAUUAUAUAUGAUAGUAAUUUUGCGUUUAGUAUGGUCAAUUUAGAAUGAAUUUGUGGUAAUGGUAUUAAUAAAUUACCAACUUAAUUAAAAAUUAAUAACGUUCAUUACACAGAAUGAUAAAUAAUUGCAUUAAAGAAAAAAAUUUAAUAAAAGUAUAAGAUAUAUAAAUGAGGGCAAGUUCGUACAAGUAAAUAAUUUUGCGUGUGAAAAACGGACAGUGUGUGAUGAAAUCCGAAAACUGAUUGUGUCAAAGGUGAAACUGCUUCAGUCUUAUAUAUCUUCUCAGCGCCAUAUCUCUAAAGGUUCUUGUCGUUAGGGCUGUCAAACAUUCUAAAGUGUGAUUGGGAAUGUCCAUAACGCUGGAGCGGUCAAACAUUCUAAAACAUUCGACCACCACAAAUUGACACUUAUUAUCAAAUUUAGAAAGAAUAUUAUAUUUGUUUGAAUGUAGGUAGGUUUUUUUUUCUAUUUAAUUUUCAAGCGAGUUAAGUAUUUUCAAAUUGUAAUAUUUUACAUGUUCAUAUGUCACUUAAAAAUACAAAUGUUCUUACCUUUAAGUUUGAUAAUAGAACAAUUCAAUCUAAUAUUAAAAUUAACAGCUUGAAAUUCGCAGAACUGAAUGAAAAUUUGCUGUUGUGAGUUUGUAAAACUGAGACUGCAUAUAUGUUUUUAAUACAUCCCAUUAACUUCUUGUUAGUGAACACAUUUCACAUUUUUUUUUUUAGGAAUGUAUAUAAUAUCUACAAAACCGCGUUUUGGUAUUGAAGUCAUUAAUAAUGAUGCUACAAUGGUAAUGGCUGGAAUUAGAAUUAAUGUGGGUAAUCAAGAUUCUGGACGCACUCCUGGAUAUGUAGAAGUACUUGGGCGUUCUUUGCAAAUAGCACCGAUUACCCGAAGUCGAUGGUUCGAUUUUCCUUUAACCAGAGAAGAGAGCCUUCAAAGUGAUAAAAAGUUAACUAUUAUAUUUGGCCCAUCAAGAGAUCCUGAAGGCAUUACAAUGAUUGAUUCAAUAAAAAUGUCAGUUAAUGGAAUUGUAAAUAAUAAUUUAUAAUCUGUUAUUCUAAUUUUAUUUCUAUUUUUAUUGUACAGAUAUGGCAAAACUAAAGAAUCAUUUGGAUGGCCUGAUGAUGUAGAUGAGAUAAGUAAUGGCACAAUUUAUGGUUCAACAUCAACCAGUACCGUAGUUACUGCUAACCAGUACAAUUCUCAAGAAAAAGAGUUACCUGUAACUGGUUUAACUGUUGACCAUUUAGACAAGUAACAUAUUUUAUUAUUAUCUCAAUAAUUUAAUUACAAUUUUUGAUUUAUUUUAUUAACACUGAUCAGUAUAAUAUCUUGUGUUUAUAUUAUUUAUUGCUUAAUUAAGCUAAACUAUAAAAAGUGAUAAAUUCUUUCAUUUUCAUUUUUUUUCAUCCUUAUUUUUGAUGGUGAAACAAUUGUUUACUUUUAUUUUAAAAUAGUAACUUAUAUUCAAAAUUUCAUAAACAGAUAGAAUAUUAAUUUCAUACAUUUUGAUGUGAAUAUUUUUGAUUUCCAUUAAGUCGUUGAAGAUCCACUUUUAAGUUUAGUUAGAGAAAAAUAGAGCACUAUUCAAAUUUAGUGUGCCAUGCUACUAGACAAAUAUGUUCCACUGCUCCUCCAUUAUCCAAACAUGAAAUGGAUAGAUGAUAUCUUUUUAACAAGUUAACAGAAAUCAAUAAUUUCAACAUUAAAAUGUAUUUAAUAUUUCAUCUGUUAAUAGAAUUAUUUUUUUAAAAGUAUUAACCAUUUUAAUAAUUUUGUUUUUACUUUAUUAUUUUAUAAUUUAUUAAUUUAGGUUGCUUUUAAAAAUAAAAAGUAUGUAAUCAUUUCAACCCAAAAAAAAGAGGAAAUGUAAUAGUUUAGGUAAUGCUUUUUCUUAAAUUUUCUAAUAAAACAAAUUCAAGGAAAUUUGAUAUUUUUUAGACAUAAUUAAUGUCUUAGUGUCUUUUGUUAUUCAAGAAUUAAUCAUUCUGUAUAUUCAGUUGAAUAAUAGUUAUAAUGCCAGAUUCUCAUAACUCGUGUACUUGACAAGUAUAUACAAAUAUUGAUUAAUAGGACUCGGAUUUUAAAGCAUAAUAAAUAACAAAAAAAAGCACAAAAUUGUUUUAAAAAAACAAAAAUGAAGCAUAUUAAUUUUUAUAAAAAGCAAAAAAAAAAAAAGCAUGACCAAAAAUUAACAUAAAUUAGUUAUUAGAAAACUAAAAGAAUAAAAAAGAAUUGAAAAACUAAUUUAAAUUAAAAAAAGAAUUAACUACCAUGUAUUUUACAAAAUUUGCAGUAGUGAAACAAUGACAAUAGUCAUUGUCUGGCAAAAUGUUUUUAUACAUAGAAAACGAAUGUUUCUAGAAAACAAAAUAUGCAUAGCUUUAUCUAAUAGAUAAAAUAUUGUACUAUGAUUAACUUUAUCCAAGUAUUCUGGGUAAAUAACGGACAUAUUACUUGGAUUUUAUAGUUGUAAUGUGCCUACUGUUACAUUUUCAACAUCCAUAGUCCAUAGUUUCAUCAAUAGAUAGAUAUAUUUUCUGAUCAGUUAUUGUAUCAUUAAUUUUUGCCAAUGUGUUUUUAUAGUAUGUAUUGAAAUAUCCUUUACGUGUAAUGUUGAAUUGUUAGAAAUAGUUUUUUUUUUGGAAUAUUUGCAGCUACCAAUGUUCAACAUAAAUUGGCAUUAAAAUCUGACUGAUUACUAAAUUAUUGUAAAAAAAGUUGAAGUAAUGCAAACUUUUCAUUUUUAUGUCUUUUUAACUGCUUGUACAUGUUUUUCUCUCUGUGCAUUAUAUUUUUUUUUUUACAUGACAUUUUUAUUACAUAAAGUUUGCUAAAUAAAUUGGAUCCUUUGAAAAAACUUUAUCAAAUUCUAACACUAAUUUUUUUAAAUAUGCAUUUAUUAUAUCUUUUGAUAUUUUUAUUAAAACACUAAAACUUAAAUUUUGAAAUGAUAGAUAUUAAUUUUAUUAGGAGUACUGACUACAGGAUAUAUGUAGGUCGAUAAGUUAUCGAACUGUAGGCUGUCUAUAGAUCGAUAAUCUAUAUGUUUAAUAUGCUUGAUUGUUAAAAUCAAGCCGAUAACUAAAACAAUAAUAAUUCAAUAUAAAGAUUUAGUCUGUAUUCCAGGUUUUUACAUUUCUUAUUAAUUAAUUUUUUUUUUUUUAUUACUGUUGCAUAAUAAACAUAAAAAUACCAUAGCUGGAAUAACUGAAAAAAAGCAAUAAAAAAAUCAAAAAAAGCAAAAAUAAAUUGGUUUAUUUGGAAUCAGAAUGGCAUGAAACAAAUGUAUGCAUAAAAAUUAGUUUUAUAUCUCAUUUAUCAAAAAAAUGCAUUUGCUUUAAAAUCCGAGCCCUAUUGGCUAAUCAUAGUAUAGUAUACACGAAUAAUCAAAUUAGUACUCACAAUGUUUCUAUCUGUCGUAUGUCAAUUUCAAAAUUUUUUGAGAAAUUUUAAACAAGAUAUUGGCAGAUUGUCCCAUUUGGGGACAAAAGGUGAGAGAAUGGACCAUGGUGUACAAUGUAUGCAGAUAAUUUAGCUUUCAUAGAAGAAAAUCUAAAAUAAGUUAACAAUAGGCAUGAGGAAUGGAGAGUAGCACUAGUACAAAAAAAACAGAAUAUGAAUUUGGAGGAACAAGAACUAUUUCUUGUUCUAUAUUUUAGGUUAUAGGCGAGGUUGAGAGUUUUAAGUACUUAGGAUCUUUUGUACAAAAAUAUGGCGACAUUAUGUGUAGUUGAAUAAUAUGGAGAGAAGUGUCAGGCGUUUUGUGUUUUAUGUGACACGGGAAUUUCAAUAAGAUUAAUAGUUCUACAAAAGUGUGAUGAAGACUGACUAUAUUUUGUAUAGUUGCAUACUUCGGAUUAUUGGGUGAUUACAGAAAAAUAGAACAGAUUGAGUGUACCAGAGAUAAGAAUGCUUAAGUGGAUGAGUGGAGGACGAGAAAAGAUAAAGAUACACUUUAAAAUUGUAAUCAUAAAAUUGUCUUAAACAAAAUAUUAUUCAAAUUAUUUUGCAUACCAAACAUCUAUUGCAUAUAAUACAAUAAGAUGAAGAAAUUGAUGACAUUUGUUUGUAUUUUUAUGUUACAUUAAGAAUAAAAAUACAAAAAUUGGAAUAGAUAAAGUUUGUUUUAUAAUUAUGUGUACUACUAUGCAUUAAAGUUGUUAUGGGUAUUACAUUUGACUGGAUACUGGGUAAUUUUAGAAUUUUUCAUUUCGGUACAGGGUGCUUGGCCAGGUAUUAAAAUAAAAGGAAUAUUAAAUAGCUUACAUGGCCAGUCUAGUACAUAAAUAAAAUGAAUUCAAUGUGACAAGUGUAUUGCUAUCUUAUCUUCAAGUGCUAAAAAAUGAUAUCAUUGAUAAAUAUUAAUAAUAUUUGAUGAGCAUUAUUAUGUAUGUAUGUACCAUGGUGGAUUAAUCCACUUAAUUUACUUUGGUAUGUACUAUGUAUUACCCAGACUCCUCUAAAAAAUGUUUUAUAGGGCUCGCCAGGUACCGAAUACUAAAAAAAAGCUGAGUAUUUGGUACCCAAAACAACUCUACUAUGUAUCUUAUAUUAUACAGUAUUUUUUUUGUUUUUUGUACUUAUGAUAUUUAUAAUAUUUAUGAAUCUUAUGUUAGUAUGACUAUAUUCUAUUUAAUAUAGUUCUCGUUACAAGGUAAUUUUUUUAACUAAAAAUGUUCAAUAUUUUGUAGGAUAUUUAUUAAUUUUUAAUAAUUAUAAAUUUAAUAUUUUUAAAAUUAUUUCCUAAGAUUGUCACCUUUUUAUUUUAAGUGAUAUUAGUAUAAAUAAACUUUAUUAUUCUAAGAAAAUAUAAUUUAUUUAAUCAUUUUGUUACACUUUAAUAAGAGAACAAUAAGCUCUCAUCUACUGUCUCAUUUAAAUAAUAACAUCAUAGUAAAAUUAUGUUAUUUAGAAAGUAAAUUAUGACAUUUGGGUUAAAAUUAGAGUUUAAAUACCUACAAAUAACAAGCUUUAAAAAGAUUAUUUUUGAGCUGUACAUAAACUUUUUCUAAACUAUUGUCUUACCAUAAAACUAGUGUUAGUUUUUCCUUUUUUUUGAUAGUAGUAAAUUUAUUGUAUGACAAUCUUUUUAGAAAAAAUCUAUGGCAGCUUUUGAAAACAAUUUGUAUUUUAAAUUUUGUUAUUUAUGUUUUUUCUAACUCUUACUCUGUUACCUUUUAUUAGUUUGACCAAAACAGUAGAUGUGGGUGUGGAGUUCUUUAAAAUGAAAUACAAUUGUAUUGAAUUGUAAAAUUCAAAUUUUAUGUUCUAAUAUAUGGAAUAUUGAGGUUUAACAAAUAAUCAUUUAAAUUUUAAAUUUUUAGAUUUGUCAUUGGAUUACUAAGGAUAUUAGAAAAAAGCUUUAUUCUUUCAACAUUCUGUUUAAAUGAAGAGACAGAACAGUAUUCAGAUAAUAAAACCAAAACAGUCAAUAUGGCUUUAAAACUGCUUAAUCAUAGUACUCAAGCAUGUAUCCAAAUCAGUGCUAAAGCAUUAGUAAUUUCCUUACAGCCAGAUUUCAAUGCUUUAAAAGUAUAAAAUAGAAUUUAUAUAUUGAAACUUUAAACAAUACUAUAAUGAUAUAAUUGUUUAUAAAUAGGAUCAAUCUAUAUUAAUUUAUACCCUUCAAACAUUGCAUAGUUUUUUAAACACGGACCCUAAAAAUCUGGAUGCUGAAGCAUUCUAUAGGCUGGUUUUAAUUACUCGGGGUAUUGCAGUUAGCAGACCAGACAAUUUAUUUAACUUAAAAUUAAAAGAUGGAGGUAAUUAAAAAAAUUUAUAAAAUAGUUAUAAAUUAAAUUAGACAGAAUGCAUUUUAUACUGUGCGUUUAUUCUUGACAAAUGCACGACCUAUGAUGAUUUUUGAUAUACAGGGUGAUUUAUUUAAUGUAAAACUUAUUAUUUCGGAAAGUAUUGAUUUUAAAUAUAUUUUUUUUUUUAAUUUUAGAAACAAGUAGCUCUACAUUUUUCAUUUUUUUCAUCUUUAUUUUUGGAGGUGAGAUGUCUAAACUAUUUUUGAUUUUCAAAUAUUCCACUUUUUCUGGUUUAGGUAGGGGAAUAGUCGUUAGUGAAGCAUCAUUUGUGUGGCGUAACUUUUGAAUAGUAUUCCAUUUUUUUACCUCUACCUAAACCUCUUUAAGUGGAAUAUUUUGUUAAUGAUUUACGGAAAUCAACAAUUUCAACAAGAAAAUUGAUUUAAACAUAAUGUUUUUAAAAUAAGUCAAUACUUUGUGUAAUUAUGAGUGUUGUACAUUAAAUGAAUCAUUGUAUAUAUAUAUAUGAUGUUAAACUAACAACUUUAUUUUCAGAAAAUUAUACUACUUAUGGAUUUGAUCCAAUGCCGAAUUUGUCUCUAUCCCUUAUUAGAAAACUAAUAACUGUAUUUUGGAUAUUGUACAAUCAGAGACCUAAAAAUACAUCAUUUUGUACAAUAUACAUACCUGGUGAGUAACUAAACAUAUUUUUUCAUUAUGCAAGAUAUAUCUAAUAAAUUAUUCAAAAUAUAGGUUUAAAACAUACAGAAGCAGUUGUUUUUGCACUUAUUGAAAUCCUUCAUUCAUUAUUAUAUUAUGAAUAUUCUGGCUUUGAAAACACACAAAUGAUCAUGGUAUCUAAGUACUAUUUAGAAUUCUUACAGUGUGAAGAUAUAGCUGUUAGCUAUACUGCAAAAGUAGCACUUAUAAAAGCUUUAAAACCGCGUCAUGUCUUAAGAAAAAAUAAAAAAAAUUUAGUCCGUGUAGAUAACUCAAACAAAGAUUCAGUAGAAGGUAUUCAAUUAAUGGUAGCCUUUAUAAUUUUUUUUUAAUAAUUUUAAUUUUAAUUUAGUUAAAGAAUCAAACUCCAAAGAACCUGAAAAUGAAGAACAAGUACCUCAAGAAGCCCCAGAAGAAAAUAUCUUAUAUGAAGUUGAUGAACCAAUUAUUUUAUUAGACCCAAGAGGUAAUAUUUAUUUAUUUUUAAUAGAUAUUAAUAUAUAAGUACUUUACUUUAUAUUUUGAAAUGAUAAAAGAGAUUUAAAAAAAAGAAAGAAAAAAAGCGGUCUUAGAAUAAUGGUGCAGCCACUGUUAUAUGUAAUUUAAUGUAUAUCUGUAAAUAGCAAUAAACCAUUGCUAAUGAAAAAUGAUUCUGUUUGGAGUUCAGUUGAUAGUGUUGCUUUGUCAAAUUUUCCCAUUUUUUGAGAAAAAUCAAAAACUGACUUCCUCAAAAUACCUCCUAGUCAGAUUUCCAUUUAGAAAAAUUGCUAUCAUUGUAAAUUGGAUCAAAAUUGUUGGUAAAAAAGUUAUACACAAAAAAAGAAAUUACUAAUAAAAGAAAACAAUUAUGAUUAGAGUAAUAUUAGUGUUUUUCUGUUCUGUAACAAAGGUAAAUUGUAAGUUUUUUUUAUUCAAAAACUGAUGGGAAUCAGCCGAGGAAACUGACAGUUGUUGUCACUGUUUAGGUGUAAAUUGAGAAAGUGGAAUACAUAAAGUUAUUUAAUUUAUAUCUGUAACCAACAAUAAACUAUUGCUAAAGAAAAACAUUUCAGAAGGAAGUUCAGUUUUAAAAUGUUUUGGAAUAUUUAUGAUUUUUAUCAAAAUUUUGUUUCAAAACUUAGAAAAAAAAAAUACUAAUUUAAACUCAACUUUUCUUGUUGAUCAACAAGUAUAACUUAUUAUAAAUUACUUGUUAAAUUUUUAAGCAAUUUAUUUUUGUUCUAUCAAUUUUAUCCACAGAUAAAAAUACCUACCAAAUUAAAUUAAAACAAAUUGGCAAACAAUUUUUUUAACGCCCAAAAAAAGCAAAUUUAAGUUUUCUGCCUAAAUUUCAAGUAUAUGUAUCAUGAAUAUUUUAAACUGAAUUACAUUAAAAAAACAAAAUAUAAAAUAAUAAAAUAAUUAUUUUUGUAAAUUUUUCUACCUGUGCUUUUUACAUAUUUUUUGGUUUGCUCAGUUAUUUAAAAAACUACAAACAAAAAUCUAAAAAUGUUCCUUGGUCACCAACUAGAUUGAAAAUUCAACAAAUAAGAUCGCUUGUUAUUUUCUAUAGGAGCAAUAUUUCUACUCUAAUAGAAAACAUAAGUUAUAAAUAUUAAAAACAAUGAAAUUGGAGUGCUGUAAAUAUUUAUUUUACCUAAAAAAAUGUUUGGGGUUUUUCUCAGUUAUUUUCUGAAAAUAAAAAAUGACUUCUCUAAUGCACUAACUGGACAAUAUUUCCUUUCAGAAAAGUUACUACUUUAUUAUCGCAAUAUUUCUUUUCAAAAAGUUGUUUACAGACAAAAAAAAGAACAUAUCAUAGUAAAACCUUGCUACCUCGCAACACAAAAAGAAUUUUUGGGGUGAACUGUUGAAAAUAUCGAUAAGUGUUCCAAAUAAAAGUAUCUGACAACAAUUUGCAUAUUUGAGUUAUUGUGUGAAAAAUUAAAGUAUUUGCCCAAUCGUAUAAGUGUUUUUCGAGAAAAAAAAUACCAUAUUGAAAUUUAUAGUAUCUUUGUUAUAGUCAGAAUCUAAAAGGUAAUUAAUAUUGAAUUUUUAUAGUUGAAAAUCAAGAUCCUCAAAAUAACAUGGAAGUAUUAAUUGGAAAUGUUCAAUUUCCCGGUCUUAUUCUCCCACCUGAUGCUGAUGAUGAUGCAAUGGUAGAAUUAGCUAUAGCACUCAGCCUUCAAGUAAUUACUAAAUAAUCAAAUACUUAUACAAUUUACUAUAUUACUAAAUAAUUAUAAAACUUAUUAAUAAUGUUUGAUUAUAGGAUAAUGAUAAUGCAGAACUACAAAAUAUUAGACAAGGUUUUGUAGAAUUACAAGGCUUAAAUGCUCCUGCUGAAUUACAGGUAUAGUACCAUUUAAAAGUAUAAUUCUAAAAUAUAAUUUUAAAUUUGUCUGCUUAGAAUUUGCAAGAAAUUUCUUCUCAGACUAAUGAAAACGGUCAAAAUUCUGAAAUGCAAUCAUCUACACAACAAGGUCAUUUAAGUGACACAACUGCUUCGGCCGCUGGUUCUGAUGAUGAAGAUACAAAUGCUGUUCCAGGAAAUAGCAACUUAAGAACAUCACUCACAGAAACAGUAAAUAAUUAAUUAUUAAAUUUAAAAAUAAUGUUAAAUAAUAUAUAAAGAUAUUGACUUAGUGUUAAAAUUUAAUUUCGUAACUGCUAGUUUUGAAGGUAGAUAUUUCAUCAAAAGGGGUAACAUAUUUAUAAAUUAAUUACAAUAUAAUUAUAAGAAAAAAUAAAAUAUAUAUAAACAUUAUGUCAUAUAAAGAAAGUAUAAAAUAUAAAAUUAAAUAUUAUAAUGAAAUAAUUAAUUUGAAAAAAUUAUUAAACAUAGUUAUUUAAUUUUAUAUUUAUUUCAAUGACUUUAUUUGUAAUAAUAUUUACAGAGUCAAGUUGAAAGAGGAGCAGAUGAAGAUAUAGUGUAUGAUCAAGAUUCAGAAAUAAAUGAUCAUAAUAAUCAUCUACACACUUUGAGAGCAUCCUUAAUGGAUAGAUUUAUUCAUCAUAUUCCGCAUUUACAUAAAAUUGGAGGCACUAGAUCUAUACCAUUUUUCCAAGUAUGUUAUUUUUGUAUGUUAGAAUGUUAAAGAGAUUACACGAUUAAGCUUUUAAUAAAUACGAGAAGAUUGUCUUAUUAACAUAUUUUAGGUACAAAAUUAACUAUUUAUAUUAUUAGUUAAUGAAAAUUAAUAUAUUUCAUUAAAUAUUAAUAUAAAUAAACAAUUAAGUAGAGAUUAGUAAUAUUCAAAUUAUUUAAGUUUUGAUCUUCAGCUGUCAAUAUAGUCAGGUAUCCAUUUUAUUGGAUAAUUUUUUAAAUUUUUAUUUUAUAAACCUUUUUUAUUAUACCACUUGUAAAAAAAAAUUUUAAAAAUUAUAAAAAAUUAUUAACUAUACGAAUUAAGUAAUUGAAAUUUAAUAAUUUUUGAUUUACAAUUAUGAUUGUCUUUAAAGCUAAUAAUAUGUCACAUGGUGAUUUUGAACCAAAAUUAGAUGCCAUCUGUUUUUCAGAAAAAAAAACUCAAAUCCUAAACUAAUUUUCUCUAAGACCUUUUUUCAUGAAUAUUAUUAUUCUCAAAUACAAUACAUGUCUGCUGCUAGAGCUCAAAUGUCAAAGACUUCGCAUAUUUUUUUUAUCAAAAUCAGAAUUAUACCUGAAUGUGAUAUAAUUUUGAUUCAUGAAAUCUAGAUUUCAAAUAUGCAAUCUUAUUUUGCAUUAUAUUUGCAUAUUUGACAUUUUUGAGCAUAUAAAUACAUAUAUUGAUUAUUUUUAGAUUUAGUAGCAUACUUUAAACAAUUUUAAAUAUAAUAUUAAUAAUUUGUACGGAAACUAUUAACCAAACACUUUAUAUCAUAACGUAAAGUUGCUGACACAUCUGGUUAUUUAUAAACCUAUAGUGAGUAGUUAACAAAAACGUUCUGUCAGUUCGUCGAAAUUUUUCAAAUUUGAAAAUAUAAGUAAAAUAGUUGUUAUACAGUGUAAUCCUAAAAUUUAAAGUAUUUAACCUAUGUAACAUUUAGAUUUUUAAAUUAUUUUAUUUUUUGAUUUGUAAAACUUGGUAAUUUUUUUAAAAAUGUGUAUAUUUAAUGCAUGCACUAUUAAAAGAGUAUACAAUUUAUUUUAAAUUAAUAUUAACACUUUUUUCAUAUAUUUGUUGAAAAAAAGGUAUAUAUGAUUCAUUAUUCUGUUGAAAAUAAAUAAACUAAAAUAUAUUAUAAGGAAUAUAAUUGCAUAUUUUGAAAUUUUUAAAUGCAUAUUUUAAAGAAAGUUUGGUCAUUAACAUCCACGCUUUACUGAUAUCUGUUUUUUAGUAUUAUUACAUUAAUUAUGUACCCAUUUAGUUGUGUGUUUUAUCAAAAAAAACAAUAAAUGUUUUGGUAGUUAAUGGUACUCAAGAUACAAUAAUAAAUCGGUGCAAAAAAUGGUUAUAUUUGAAAAAACAUUUUUAAGAUUUUCGUGAAAUAGUUUUUCUAAGAAAUGGUCAUUUAGUCAUUUAAUUUGGGAAAUUGCCAGAGAACCCAAUAUUGUUGAAUUUUUUUUGUAUUUUCUUAAACAUAAAUUAUAAUAAUAUAAUUAAUAUUUGAAUUAUUAAAGUUUAGUAUAUUGGUGAAUAAUUGUAUUAAUACGAUUAGAUUGGUUUUUUUUAUUUAGGUUAUCUCUUCUAUUGUCGCUGAUAUGGAUUUAAAUGAUUUAAGAGACAAAGCACAAUUUACAGAACUUAUGCAAAUGUUUAUUACUAAUUUACGUCAUGAAACAUCAGAUGGUGCUAAUUUACAUAUAAGAAAUGCAGAUCGAGAGAUAGUCAUAAUUGUUAUGCGUUUUAUUGGUAAGUAGACUUAAAUAUUCUUUUAAUAAAGUUUGUAUGAUUUUUAUUUUAUUUUAGGAGUUUUAUUAUCAAGACCCAAAUCUAGUUCUAAAUCAUCAGAUCAUACAACACAUAUAUCUCAAAUGGCAGCGUCCAUGUUAAAAAAUGCUCAGUUUAUAUCUUGUUGUCUUAAAGCAUUAAAAGCUUUACAUGAAUAUUGGGCUAGGUAACAAUGAAUAAUACAUAUAAUAAUACAUUAUUUUUGUUAUUUUUUUUUAAUAUACAUGUAUUUUUGUGUUAUAGUUUUAGUGAUAAUGAUGAUAACGGUGCCACUGUGGUUAGUGUUUUGUUAGAACCAAGCGGACCAUCACAAGUUCCAGAUAUGAGUCCAUUUUUCCUAAAACCCUAUUCAGUUAGUCAGUCAAAAGACAUUUUCUAUAACUACCCUAUCAUUCUAACAGAAAUGCUAUUACGUUUACCAUAUCAAAUACAGAAAAGUUGGUCACAGUUGUCCUUUGAACCAGUAUGUAUUAAAUUUAAACUAUAUUUUUUUUUUUAUAAACCUCAUACAAUAAACUAAUAUUUUUAAAUAUAUAUUUGUUUUUUAGGAAUGGUUGACUGUAUUGUGUGAAUUUAUGAGUUUGAAAACAAUCAGUCCAUUUAUUAAGCGUCAAGUUAGGAAACUAUUAUUAUUUGUUUGUGGAAACAAGGACAAAUAUCGCCAAAUUAGAGAUAUGCAUGCCUUGUCAACUAGUAUGAAGGUAUGAUAUAAAACUAGUUAAAAUGUAUUUUCUUUAUAUAUAUAUAAUUAUUUUUUUUAGAAUUUCCAAAUCACAUGUGAUAUUGGAGAUCGUAAUACACCACAAUCUCUUAGUUUAACAUAUGAUAAACUUGUUGAAUUAGUGGAAGAUGUAAAAGUUUGUGUAGAUAUUGCAUCUAGUCGUAUGAUGAACUGGCAACUAUAUUGCCGUAAAGAUAACACUGUUUUAUUGUAUUUGAUGCGUGCAGCUUGUCUUUUAGAUGAGGGUGUAUCAUCUACAAUUUUACAUUUACUUCAGUAUGCUAUAUGUGGUGCCAAAAAUCAAUCUGGUACUCCUUUAGGAAAGGAAUCAAAAUCUAAAGUAUCUAAAGUUGCAGAAGAUAUUGAGAACACUAUGCUCGAAGAAGCUCAAUGCAUGAUAUUAGUUAAAGAAAUGAACAAACUAUUAAAUAGAGAUAUUUUGACACGUUUUGUUAAAACAUUUUUACUUGAAACAAAUUCUACUCAUAUUCGUUGGCAAGCGCAUGCAUUAGUAUUAUCAAUUUACAGAAAUUCAGAACACGAAGAUCAAGAAAAAUUAUUAGAAUUAUUGUGGACUCUAUGGCCACAAUUGCCAACAUAUGGAAGAAAAGCAUCACAAUUUGUCGAUUUAUUAGGAUAUUUCAGUUUUAAGUAUAAUCAAAAAGCAGCUACAUCUACUAAAUAUGUUGAACAGGCAAUUGAAUUAUUAAGAACUCAAAAUUAUAAAUUGGCUUGCCACCCUAAUGCUAAUUUGUAUACACAAGUAUCUCAAUAUGUUGAUUUAGAAGGCUUUUAUUUAGAAAGUGAACCUUGCAUGGUUUGUAAUAAUCCUGAAAUACCGUUCAGCAAUAUUAAGUUAACUUCCAUAAAAGUAGAUUCAAAAUUCACUACUACUACUCAAAUUGUUAAGCUCAUGGGAAGUCAUACAAUUAAUAAAAUUGUAUUACGUAUAACUGAUUUAAAACGUACUAAAAUGGUGCGCACAAUGAAUAUAUUUUACAAUAACCGUUAUGUACAAGCUGUGGUAGAGCUUAAAAAUAAACCAGCAAUGUGGCACAAAGCAAAAGAAAUUUCAUUAACAUCUGGACAAACUGAAGUGAAAGUCGAAUUUGCUGUACCGAUAAUUGCAUGCAAUUUAUUAAUAGAGUAUGGUAGCUUUUAUGAGAACUUGCAUGCCUCAUCAGAAACUUUACAGUGUCCUAGAUGUAGUGCAACAGUUCCUUCAAAUCCAGGUGUUUGUUCUAAUUGUGGUGAGAAUGUAUUUCAGUGUCAUAAAUGCCGGUAAGUUCAUUAUAAUUUACAGUAAAAUAUUUAUAUUGAUCUUUUGAUGUAUAUUUUUUUAGGGCUAUUAAUUAUGAUGAAAAAGAACCAUUUCUUUGCCAUUCUUGCGGUUUUUGUAAAUAUGCUAAAUUUGAUUAUGUUUUAACUGCUAAACCUUGUUGUGCUGUUGAUCCUAUUGAAAAUGAUGAUGACAGAAAUAAAACAAUAAGUUCUAUUAAUUCAAAUUUGGAAAAAGCUGAUCGAUUAUAUAAACAGCUAGUGUCAUCAAAACCUGUUUUAGAGGUUAACUAUUAUAAUAUAUUAUAUUUAAAUUUAUAUUAAAGAAAUAACUUUAAAAUAAAUAUUUUAUUAUUUUUAGACCAUGUUAGUGAAAGUCAUGGAAAACCGUUUAGAGAAAUCAAAUAACACAAAUGCAGAAGAAAGUCAAAGUCCAAAUGUUGCUCCUGUGUCUGGAUUUGCUGCUGUUGUUAAUGGAGCUAUGAAUAAUAACAUUUCAUCAGGACCUGUACAUCAAGUCAAUAGAUCUAUUCAAUUACUAGCUCAAAAGUAUGGCUCUGAAUGCCGUAAUACUUUUGAAGAUCUCAGUCGUAUUGUACAAGUAAAUAAUUAAUAUUAAAUUUUAUAAAGAACAAAAUUACACAAUUAAUAAUUCAUUAAUUAUGGUAUAUUUAUGUGUUUUAAAAUGCAUAAGUUAUCACAACUAAUCCUUAGUAAAUAUUAGCGUUUAUAAUCAAUAUUAAAUUUUAUUAAAAAAUAUUAAGGUUUAAAUUAUAGAUACCUAAAAAAUAAAAACGGCCAACUCAUGGAUACUUUGUUAUUAGUUGACUCAUUGUUAAUUACUGCGGUGGUGUGUUUAGUACAAAACUUAAUUUUUACACUCAAUAAAUGGGCAUUUAUUUAUUUUAGUCUAAUUUUAAAUAUUUAAAUUAUUCAUAUUUUGCUCUAAACAUAGUGGAUGUCUAAUCAGUUAGUCAUUUUCUUAUCUAGUUACUCUUGCAUAAAGUUUAAAUUAGAACAUCAAAAUAAAAAUUAAUUUUUAAAAUCUGUAAAAUAUAUUUUGUAAAUAAUAGACUAAAAUAAUUUAAGAUAAUAAUGUUCUUAUAAUAGGCCAAUUUAUCUUAAAUAUUAAAUGCAAUGAUAGAUAAAUCUUUUUUUCUAAAUUCAAAAUUUUUUCGUUUUAUUAAUUAAAACAAAAAAAUAAUUUAUAUAGUUAAUUAAUUAAUUAUAUAAUUUUUAAAAUAUUUUACCAAACAUUUGAACAAAUUUAUAGGGUAAUUUAAUUUAUAUCUGUCGUAUAAUUAUUUGAGUGAUGUGCAGUUAAAUAUGUGUUUGAAAAAUAAAAGAAGUAGAAAAUAAUUUGUUUAAGAAUAUUAGAGAAUCCUUGGCAGAAGAAAUUCCAUUUUAUUUUAUUUUAUUUUAUUUUAUUAAUCAUAUUCAAUUUAAUCCCAUUUAAGGAUUAUAAUGUGAUAUUUUAGUGUUCUGAAUUGUUUUUAGAAUUCUGAACUGUCAGUAUUCAAAUAGAUUAUUGUUUUUUUCUAACUAUUUUAAUAAUUUAUAUAUUUUCUACAACUUUAUUUUUCAAUGAAAUUAGAUUUAUUUUCUAAUAUAUUUUUUUUUCCAGCACAUUAGUCAUUAGUCAUCCAUUCACAGAUAAAAAAACACAUAGUAAAGCCAAUACAUAUCUCACUGUGCUUAUAGUUUUAAAAAAACAAUUCUAAAUAUAAUAUUUAAAAAUAAAGACUUUAUAUUUCUCUAGAUAAACUCUAUAAAAAAUUUAUAAUUUUAAACUUAAUGUAUCAUUUUUAAAUUUGUUUUUUACAUUAUUUUAGAAAGUGUUGGCAAGUCGUAAAGAGUUAAUAGCAUAUGAUCAAAAUCAAGUAGGACAAGUUAAAUCAACAAGUCGUUUUAAUGGCAGUUUUAGUUCCGUUUCAAUUUCUGAUUCUAUAACAUCAUUAUCAAUAUCUCAAAAUAUGUCAUCAACUUGUUCUUUACCUAAUACUACUUGUUAUGGUUGUAUAACAGCUGCUCUAGAACAUUGUUUUGUUAUGUUACGUGCUCUUGCUACAAACAUGGCAUUACGUAAAAUACUUUUGCAACAAGGCUUGAUUCAAGAACUUGUUGAGAAUAAUAUUAGACGAGGAUCAGUUCAAGUAAUAAUUCAAAAUUUAUAUUUUUAAUAAUUAAUUUUUAUAAUUAUAUUUUUUUUAAAUUAUAGACUCAGGAAGAAGUAAGAAAUUUACUUUGUAUUUUGAUACAAGAUAAUCCAAAAGCUACAGAAGAUUUAUGUGGAUUGUUGAGUCAAAGAAUAUCACUUACAAUUAGAGGGCCAAUAGCAAAUGCUGAUUUAGCAUUUGCUGUUAGACCAGAAAUUUCCUUAUUGGCAACAAUGCUGUAUAAAGAAGAUUCAUGUUGGGAACAAAAGGCUAAAUGUGUAAUGCAAUUAUUCUUCAUGACAUGUAAAGAAUUCCAGUCGUCAGCUAUUGUUACUUACAUUACAUUACCGUGUUUAAAAAUGAUGCGCAAUAUUAUAAAACCGCCAGCUUCAACAGCUAAAGCAAAUAAGGUAAAUUGUGAUAACAAGAUUUAAUUUCAAUAUCUACAAAAAAAAAAAAAUUAUUUUACAUCACAUACUUUAAAUAAUAAUAAACUUAUUUAAUGAAUAAAUUACCUUUAGGACAAAUCUACAGAAAGCUUGUCAACUGUUCAAAUAUCAGAUCAUUUAAUGGUUGAUUUUAGAAAAUGGAGUAAACAAAGCCCUGAACAUAUAUUUAGCGCAUGGCGUCAAAGACUUCAAAAAAGAACACCAGAUGUUCCAUCAAAAAAACCAAAAUCAUAUGUAUUACUUUUUAAUUAAUAUCUAUAGAAAUUAAAGAGUAAAACAAUUAUAAAAAAAAAAAAUACUUCUAUUUUAAAUUCAUUAUCUCUUUUUUUAAUAAAGUCAGUAACAAAUGUAUUCAGUUGAGUUAUAUUUAGAGAAAAAUAGACUGGAUAAUAUGGUUUAUAAAUGUGUACUAUUUAUAAUUUAACUAUUUUUUUUUUCUAGAUUGAAAUAAGACAAUAUUAUUUAGCUUCUAAAUAUUUUAAGAAAUGGCGAUUAUAUUCAUUAAGAGACAUUGCUAGGCCAUUCAUCUUAACAGAAUCUUCUUGGCUAAAACAUUUCUUAUUCUGUUCAAGUACAAGACUAUUAAGACAGGUUACUUGUGCUAUAUUUGAGGGUAUUGCUCAAGUACCAGAAAGGAAAAAAGAGGUGAAGUUCUUUAUUAUUUUAAGUUGUAAUAUGUUUUUACUAAUUUGUAAUUUAAUAUUUAUAGAUUUUAGACCUAUUAACUGGAUUUUUAACAGAACUCGGAAAUGCAGGUGAAAACUGUGCUGAAUUUUUAGCUUUAUAUCAAAAUCUUAUUCAGCAAACUCCCUGGAAACAGUAUUUAGCAUUACGUGGUGUACUUUUAAUGAUAUCAGACAUAAUUACCAAAGAAAUUAAACAUUUACAUUAUUUAGAAGAAACUACAUUGACUUCAGAUUUAGCACAAGGAUUUGUCUUAAAAAGUUUAACUGGAUUGUUGGCAUCAUUUUUGGAAUUCGAUAGUAUUAAACAACAAUUCAAAGGAAGACUUGUGGGUGCUAUUUUAAAUGGAUAUCUUUCCCUUCGUCGUUUGGUUGUUCAAAGAACACGUCUAAUUGAUGAAACCCAAUCUCAACUUUUGGAGCUUCUUGAAGAAAUGACAUGUGGUACAGAAGCAGAAUCUAAAGCAUUUAUGGCAAUAUGUGUAGAAACUGUUGAAAAGUGUGAUUCACAAGAUGUACGUACUCCAGUAUUUGUAUUUGAAAGAUUGUGCUCAACUAUUUACCCUGAAGAAAAUGAUGUGGGUGAAUUUUAUAUGAAUUUGGAUAAAGACUCUCAACAAGAAGACUUUUUGCAAGUAAGUACUAAUAUAAACAAUGGUUAUUUUGAAAUAAUUUUAGUUUUAUAUAUUAUAAUUGAAUCGGCACAGGGAUAAUAAAUUGUAUAACUCAAAGUAUUUUAGAAAAAUAAAAAUAUAAAUUUUCUCUUAAAUAUUAUUUGGACUGCGCGUAGCACUUUUUGUUAUUGUUGAUUUCUGCAUUUAAACUAAUAUAUAUUUAUUAAUUUAAAUUAAUGAUUAUGUGCAUUAAGGAGGCUCAGAGCACACCUAGUUUUAAUGCAUUUUAGAUCAAUAAUUGAUACUAAAUUAGACUUCUCAAUGUUAGAUUUUAAUUUUUAAAGUAUGUAUGCAUUUGUUGAUACAUUUUUUUAGGUUUCUUAGGAAGUCAAUUUUCUCUUUUGAAGACUCCAAAAAUUAUGAUAUUAUUUCUGAAAAUUCUUUAAUAAUUCCCAAAUUACAUUUAUAUUUAUUUUAGGCAUACCAAGUUUUAAAAUCUGCUUCGUAAGAAACCUAGGCAGUUUUAAAUAAAUCCAUACAUACUUAUAAUAUACAAAUUUAUCAUUGGUAUGUAGGUAUGUCUAAUUUAAAAACAUUUAAAACACUUGGUCUAAAAUGUAAGAAAAUUAAAUUUUAUAUUUCGUGACGGUUUCCAAUGUUUUAACUUAUUGACAUAUGCGAGUCAUCGUCAGUGAUGGCACAUAUGCUACAGAAUUGCAACUAACAAUAAACUGACAAGGAAAUUGGUUAUAGAAGCUGGAUUUAUCAAGCUGAGUUUAUUUACUGCAUUAAUAACUGUUUUCCAGACAAAAGUUAACAAUACGAAAAAAUUUAAACUAGCUCUCUCCCCAUUUAAAAUACAAAAUAUAAAAUUAAUCAAUUUAUUAUUUCUUAGGGGCGCAUGUUAGGUAAUCCAUACAGUAGUAUUGAAUCUGGUCUUGGACCUUUAAUGAGAGAUGUUAAAAAUAAAAUUUGUCAAGAUUGUGAACUGGUUGCUUUACUUGAGGAUGAUAAUGGUAUGGAACUAUUGGUCAACAAUAAGAUUAUAAGCUUGGAUUUGCCUGUUAAAGAGGUAAGCAUUGUAUUUAUUAUAAACUUACAUUGGUCUUGAGAAUAUUAUAGAAUUAUGUACAUCUAUAAAUAUGUUUUAGGUGUACAAAAAGAUUUGGUUGCCAGAAGGCGGUGACAAUGAAGCUGCAAUGCAUAUUGUUUAUCGCAUGAGAGGAUUAUUAGGUGAUGCUACUGAAGAAUUUAUUGAGACAUUAGAUGCCAAAUGUGACCAAGAAGUUAAUAAUGAAGAAGUUUAUAAAAUGGCUAAUGUUAUGGCAGAGUGUCGUGGAUUGGAAGUUAUAUUAAAUAGGCUAUCCACAAUAGAAGAUCUCUCAAAGUCACGUCCACUUCUCCAAGUACUCCUUAAACUACUUGGUCUUUGUGUUAAAGUACAACAUAAUCAAGAAGUAUUAACUGACCCUAAGCUAGGAUCCAUACCCAUUCUUCUUGGUAUACUUGAGUUGUGCUUAAGUAAUGAUGCUGAUGGCUUAUCAAAUACCGAACUAACUGAACAAACUCUUGAUGUAAGUAUCCAAUUAGGAUUUUUCUGUGAAAAAAAGUAAUUUUAUUUUUUAAAUGAUCUUUUUGUAAUUAAACAAAUAUAUUAGAUUUUAGAAACAAUAUUAUCAAAAGCCACUUCUCAAAGUCCAGAAGAAUUUGCUCAAUUAUCAGAGACUUUUGGCCCGGAUGGUCAUAUUCAAUACCUUUUACAUUGUGCUUCAAAUGCUCGUUAUACAGUUGUACAGCAUCUUACUCGUGUUUUAGCUGCUCUUACGUAUAACAAUAAAGCCAAAAUGAUUAUUCUUAUGGAUCAUUUUGCUUCAGUUAUUUCUGAUUUUGAGAAAUUUGAUGACGUCCGUUCUACUCAAGAAGAGCAAAUGGUGCCUAUUUAAUUAACCACAUAUUUUUAUAAAUCAAAUAUUAAUUAAUUAAUUUGUAUUAUUUUAAUGUAUUUAGAUGAAUUUAUUUUGUGAUCUGACUCAUGGAAUUGAAAAUAAUUCAUUAGGCAACACACUGAAAGAUUAUAUACUUUCUCUUGGAGUUAUUAAUAAUGUUAUCCAAUAUAUAUUAGUAAGUCUAAUUUUAAUUUUGUAUUUUGAAAUUAAAUUAAUUUAAUUUACUUCUAUGCUCUGUAGACUCAUGCACCCACUGUAAAAUCAACUUUAAACAAAAACAACGAUAAAGAUGAGUGGAAAGAAUUCAUUUCAAAACCUUCAUUGAAGUACAUUUUACGAUUUUGGACAGGAUUAGCAAAGGGUCAUGAACCAACUCAGGUAUAUAUUAAUCUCUAUUACACUUGUUUAUUUAUUUAUAAUUAUUAUUGAUUAUUUAAAUCAAUUAAUGCAAAUUCAGGGUUAUAUGUUAUUUGUAUAUAAACAUUUUAAGUAUUUUGUUUUUAGUAUGUCAGAUUGAUUUUAAAUAAUAUUUUUUCUUUAUUAAUUUUAGACUGCUGUUACUGAUGAAUGUAUCCAGACUGUACAUUGUUUAGAACAAGUAUCAUCAGAUGAACAUGUUGGAUCUCUCGCAGAAAAUUUAUUAGAAGCUUUAAAAACAAAUCCUACAAUGGCAGCAAAAAUAGAAGAAGUUCGUGAACAAACCAAAGCAGAGAAAAAACGGUUAGCAAUGGCUAUGCGACAAAAACAACUUGGCCAAUUAGGGAUGCGUACAAAUGACAAGGGUCAAGUAACUGCUGAGACUUCAUUAUUGCAACAAGUUGAAGAUUUAGGAGAAGAAACUGGACUAGUGUGUGUUAUUUGUCGUGAAGGAUAUAAGUUCCAACCUACCAAAGUAUUAGGUAUUUAUACAUUUACUAAGAGAUGUGUUGUUGAAGAUCAUGAAGUGAAAGCUCGAAAAACCAUUGGAUACAGUACUGUUACACAUUUUAAUGUUGUUCAUUUUGACUGUCAUAUGGCUGCAGUUAGGUAAGAAACAAUUAAUUCAUUAUAUCAUAUUAAAGAAAGUUUAAUUAAUUAAAUUUGACUUAGAAUUAAAGUUUUUAAAAAAAUAUCUUUAUUCAUUACAAAUAUCAACAUGUAAUUGCAAUAAAUAAAAUGAUCAUAAAACAUUUAAAAAUAGUGUGUACAGACAAUAUUUUAUAAUGAUUCUAGUGUUAUGUAAUUAAUUUUGUUUUGAUAGUUUUAACACAAGAUGGUGGUGAAUUAUCAUUUUUAAUUUUAUAACUUAAAUUUGAUGAUUAUAUUAUUAAAAAAAUAUAGGUAAUAUUUUUAUUAAGAUUAUUUAAUUUUAAUUACCGUACAGUUAUAGCUGGUUUUUGAAAUGCCAUAAAAUAAUCAACUUUUGAAAUAGUUAUAUUAAUUGCUUAAAUUACUUAUAUGAUAAUAUACAUAUAUAUAUAUAUAUCAUAUACACUUUAUUAACAAAAAUGUAUUUUAUAGACUCGCUCGAGUUCGUGAUGAAUGGGAAUCUGCAGCUUUACAAAAUGCCAAUACAAAGUGUAAUGGUUUAUUACCUAUGUGGGGCCCUUCGGUUGCUGAAUCAGCUUAUGCAAAUUGCUUAGCUAGACAUAAUUCAUAUUUACAAGAAGCUACAGGUCUAAGGGAUAUAAGUUACACACAAACUGUGCAUGAUCUAAAAUUACUAUUGUUGAGAUUUGCUCAAGAAAAAAGCUUCCACGAGGAUACUGGAGGUGGAGGACCUCAGUCUAAUAUGAAUUUAGUACCAUACCUCAUGCAUAUGGCAUUAUAUGUGAUUAACACGUAUGUAAUAGUUAAUUUUAUAGUACUGCAUUUAUUAUAUAAAAUAAAUAUUUCAACUAUUCAUGUAGCAGCCUUUUAUAAUUUUUAUCAAACCUAAACCUGAUUAAAUUCAAAUAAAUUUAAAAAAUGUUACAUUAAAUAAAUAGUUAUAACAUAAUUUAAUACUUAUUGAUCAUACUAAUUAAGAAAGUAAUAUUUAUACUUUGUCAAAUUUAAAUAAUAAUUAUUUUAUUUAUAGUGAUGUUACAAACCCAAAUAGAACCCAACUUAUAUAUAUAUACCGGGUGAUUUUUUUAUGUUUAAACUCUCAUUGUUUCAAAAUGUAUUGACUAUUUUUGAAAUUUAUUUUUUUUUGUUACUCUUAUUUUUGGAGAUGAAACGACUACCUAUUUUUGAUUUUCAAAUGGCAACCUAUAUUGAAAAUGACUUCGAUAGAUAGAGUAUUAGUUGAUAUAAAUUUUGGUGUCGAAAUUUUUAAUUUCCAUCAAUCCAUUGACGAGAGAUAUUCAACUUUUAAAUUCGGGUCGAAGGAGAGUAGUGAAGCAUCAUUUGUGUGGUAGCGCAGCGUUUUAAUAAUGGACUUCUACUCUCCUUUGACCCAAAUUUAUAAGUAGAAUAUCUUGUCAACGGACUGACAGAAAUGAAUAAUUUCAACAACAAAAUUUAAUAUUCAUUAUAUUGAUGUUUUAAUUUAGGACAAGGCGAACUAGUGCAGAAGAACGUAAUUUACUCUCAUACUUGGAACCAAAGCCUUCUGAUCGAUUGAUUGAAAGUUUUUAUGACACAGAAAGUCCAUUCUAUUGGCUCGUAAUGUCAAUUAUGUUAACACCAUAUUCAAAAUGGAUAUCAACAAAUCGUUUAAUGCACUUAAAUAAAAUCAUAUUAAUGGCUCACUUAUAUCGUACAAAUUCUUCUGCAGCACCUAAUGUACGCUCUGUGCCGAUGACUCCUUAUGAUUACAGUUCUUAUAAACCGGCUCUAAUGUUCUUUUCAUUAAUCAACACUAUGUAUGAAUACUAUUUCAAGGUAAUGAAUGGUUUUUUUUUUUAUUAUUGUUACAUAACUUUCUAACACUAAGUUGUUAUUUUUAUGUAUAUGUAUAUAUAUGUGUGUGUGUGUGUGUAUGAUUUCAGACUAUUGAGGUGUCGGAAAAUAAAAAUUGGUCAAGUUGUUUAGCUGAUUAUAUUCGUUACAAUGAUGAAACACUACUCAAAGUAUCUGAAAAGAUGAUGGCAACCUUUAGUGAAGACUUUUUACCUUGUACAUCAUUUGAUGAAUUUUGUGAUGUUGCACGUAAGAUAUACAUGUUUUAUUUAAAUACAUAUUAUAAAUAAAUAAGAAAAACAGAACUUUUACUUAAUAUUUAAUUUGAUGUUUUAUAUAACUAAAAACAACACUCAUGCUAGAAAUUAUAUAUUGCCUAUUCGGUAUUGCUUCUUUUCAAAUAACACGCCUCUUGUUGGAUGUACACUGAUACACUGGACAGAUAUUUACAUUAAAUUGCAUAUUUUUAUUAGUUGGUAAAAAAAAAAAAAAAAAAAUUAGCCAUUUAUACCAAAAUGUAUUUUGUGACUUGGUGUUUUUGGGAUUCUUAUGACAUAUUUUAGGAUUUUGUAUACUUUUAGAGCAUAUUUUAAUGAUUUCUUCAUACAUUUGUAAAGCAUAUUCAAUUUUUAAAAAACAUGUUUAACAUUUUGGUAUUUUUAGUGCCUAUAUAUCUGCAUAAAUGUCUGCUCUAGCUUACAAACACAAGUAUAGAAUGUGUAUUAACGCAUUAUCACUGGUUAUAUUUUUGUUAAAAAUAAAGUUGUUACGAUAAAACAUUAAAAUAUAGCCAGUAUUUAUUUGUAUUUACAGCCAUGGUAAUAGUUGUAUUUUUUAUUUUUUAUUUUUUCUAUACUCAAAAUGAAUAAUCGUAUAAUUGUUUUUAUAAUUUAAAGUACCUCGGCAUCAAACAUUUUUGAACACUUACAGUGCUUUAUUUAAAAUAUGAAAUAACUUAAUUAUUAAAAUUAAUUACAAUAUUCGGUUUUUUGUUUCAGGAAUAAAUAUCACGGAUACGUCAACUUACAUUAAAAGCAUCUUAAGUACUUAUAUCCAACAAUAAAAAAACCUAUAUACCUAGUAAAUGUAAUAAUUUUUUCACCUAUAUGAAAUUAUUCUAAUUAUUUAUUCACAAUAUUUAUUUUUUAAGUUCAAUACCUUAUAAUAUUAAUAAAGAAAUUGUAAUGUUUAAAUUUUAAAAAUAAAAAUUACAAUAAUUAUAAUUAUUUGUUGUUGUGGUUAUUCUCUUGUUGUAUUAAAACUAUAUUCGAUGCUUGGUGUGUUGAACGAUGAAUUUAGUUGUAUAAGGACUAUGAGGUAUGUCACGAGUAAAGAUAAAAUCUAAAAAAAAGAAAAACGCGUAUUAUCAGUUCGGAAUGUUCAAUAUUUGUGACUGUCGA